AUUGUCAGCGUGUCUUUCUCUCCUUACGCGCGUCAGUCCUCUCUCUCUCUCUCUCUCUCUCUCUCUCUCUCUCUCUCUCUCUCUCUCUCUCUCUCUCAGUCGCUCAUUCAUUGAGUUAGACCUUCAGUCGGAUGAAAGGAUGAUCACUUUUCUGCCAGAGUCAGUGGAUGUGAGAUAAAGUUUCUUUCUCGGAGUAAGAUCCUCGCUGUCUUUGCGUCUUUACGCGCGGAUCACUUCGUUGCGCUCUCGUCAGCGCAGCUCCCUUUGCCCCGCACUUCUGUGGAUAUUCCCGCUCCUCUACCCGUAGAAAUGGACGACGAGUUCCUCUCCUCUUUCCCUCAGGGUCUGCCCGAGGACCCAGAGGCUAUGAACCCCAACGCCACCGAGGAGCCAGGCUGGUGGGCGUCCUCGGACGGCGGGGAAACGGUGCACUUUGUGGUGCGCUGCGUCAUGACCUCGGUGUACAUCGUGAUUAUCACAGUGGGUCUGCUGGGGAACAUCACGCUGGUGAAGAUCUUCAUAACCAACAGCGCUAUGAGGAGCGUGCCCAACAUCUUCAUCUCUAGCCUGGCUGUUGGGGAUCUGCUGCUGCUGGUCACGUGCAUGCCCGUGGACGCUUUCCGGUACUUCUCUGAGGAGUGGGUGUUUGGUGAGGCGGCGUGCAAACUCAUCCCCGUCAUUCAGCUCACCUCGGUCGGCGUAUCGGUGUUCACGCUCACGGCGCUCAGCGCGGACAGGUGAUCAGUCUCUCCGCCUCUUUCUCCUGCACGUCUUGGUUUCCCAUAUUUUUACCCCCUUUAAACAAAAACUCUAAAGCUUCUCUGACCCAUAUUCACUUUCUUCAUUUUGCAUUUCUCAUUCAUAGUCUUUGACACAUUCAUACUGAGCAUCGUGAACCUCCAGAACUUAGAAAGCGACUUUAAGUGGCUUUACACAAUUUUGGAUAAAAAUUAAACAAAUGGGAUAAAAUUCAUUUCUGAAGUACAAACUUUUAGGACACAUUCAGACUCUUUUAUCAAGUUCAUACAAUUAAAACAACUUUGAAUUUCAUGUCAUAUUGCAGAAAAAUGUGGAUAAGAGUUUUAAAGCCAGAGACAAAGAAAGAAGAGGAUGGACUUUUUCUUUUUUAAUAAUAGAUUUCAGGGGAAAAAAACGUUUAAGUGUAGAGAGUGAAGUUAGAAAUUAAUUAUGUGGUUGAAUUACAAAUGGAGUUACUGUUUUGUGAAUCAGGGGAGAUGUUAUAAAAAGCCCACAUGUAAAUAUGAGAGUUAUGUGUUUGUCUGUUGUGUCUUGAUGUGGUGUACUUAAGAGUCUUAGCAGUCAAGAGUUAACUGAAUGGCACUCUGCCGCCUUGUUUUCUUUUUGUUGAAAUGUUUUAUGAAGGAAAAAAGAGAAGAUGACAUGGUGAAUGAUCUGGAUUGUCACCUGCCAAGGCUCUAGAUUUCCUGUCUGAGCAGCGCUCACACUAACAUAGGAUCCCCGUAGCAGACCCUGUCAGCUAUGUAAUAACAUAACGGCUGUCUUAGACAUCCACAUUAAACUGUUUGGGGGUCUCAACAACAGUUAUUGCAUCAGUUGGUUAUCAAACACAUGGUGAGAGAGAAAUGUUACUCCAUCUGCACAGUGUGUCUUCCAACAGCGAUAAAGUCUAAACUAGCGCUGAAUACUAGCUUAGCUAGUUCUGUACGAGCUAAAACUGAAUAUUCACACAUUACAAAAAAGUAGGCAAUGUUUUAGUCUUUUUUUUCUGUUGCUUUGUUUUCCAACAAUCCUAAAAUUUCACACAUUUCAGUAAACUUAGCAGUAAGCUAAACAGUGUAAGCCCCUCUUGUGUUAGUACCUAUGUGAAGUGAAUCCCAGUCAACAUUUACACCUCACUACGGAUCUCACUGUUGCUGUUUCUAAGAUUAUAUUUAAAUGGUCAAUUUAUUAUAAACAUUUAUGACUUCAGAUAAAACUCAUACCGGUGUCUGAUAUAAUGCUGACUGUUAUUCUAAAGGUUUUCAGUUAGCUUUGUGCUAACUCCAGGAAACUUUGUAGAAGUUUAUGAAUAUGACUGAAAUGAUCCACCUUCAUUAUCUCCCCUUCUCAGACAGAUAAUUAGGGUCUCUUUAAAGAAACAAAUAACAUGUUAUGAUACAUGAUUAUAUUUAUUGUAUUAUGAUAAUUAAGUCUUCAUGUAACAAGAUAAGUUAAUAAUAAGUUGGCAUGAUAAGAGAUUGAAGUUGGUGUAUUACCAGAAUUCUCUUUAUUUCCACUCAGCAACCAUGGACUGUUUUCUUUUUUUACAUUAGCAUCAGAAUCAACUAAACAGCUCCCCAGACUCUGUUAUCUGUUUGAUUAUUUUAGGUUUUAUUGCCGUACCUGGAUGCAUCUGAGUGGCUUUGUUGGUUGAUUAAAUGUGCUGCCUUUUUGGAUUUGGAGUGAGAUGUAUGAGCAGCAUCUUCACAUCUCCUCCUCCUCCUAACCCUCAGCAGUUCUUUCAGAUUUUUCCGAUUUACUGAUAUUUGAUGCUUAAACACUUUUCAACAGAAACCAUGAAAUGAUCUUUGAAUAAGUCACUCUGACAAGAUGAAGAGCUGUGAUUGGUGCUUUUGUUGGCAUUUGCUGCAGUGUGAUUGGCUGAUUGAUCCGUAACCAGUUUGAUUGUACAUCUGUUCCUGGUCCUCUAUGCAGCCUUCCAUCACUUAGCAGGUGUAAAACGCUGGAUUUUCACGGAGCCUCCAUCACGCUGGGAUUAUGAAAUGCCUGGUUAUGAGUGCAGAUUAGGAGUCUCUGGAGUGUGGUAUCUUCUUUGCAGCAUGAUUUUAUCUGCUCACAGGGUGAGAUUCUGCGCUGAUUAGUAUGGGGCAGUAAUCUGUGUGUGAAUGAAGAGGAGGAGGAGCGAAGAGAGAGGGAGAAAAUGGAGAAACUUUUAAUUGAUGUCUUGAUUCAGAGAUCUACAUACAGGUGCAGCUAACUAUCAUUUACUUGACGUUGUUUCUCAACUCCACCUCUGUUCUCACUCCUUAGAUACUAGCUUGAUUACAUAUAGGACCUGUAGCACAAAACAUUUGACUGUAGCUCUCAGAGGUUGCUUUCUUUGAUGAUGCUUCCUUUUGGCUUUUAUCUACAUAAUGCUUUACCCUUUGCAACAUGCACUGCUUCUUUUCUGGUCUCCUUGGUAUGAGUUCCCUGUUGGCAUAAAAGUAAUUAUGAGUUGUUAACAUGAUUUUAUGCAUUGGUUUUAUCAAUUGGUACAAUUGCAGAUACAGUUGACAAGUGCAGUAUUUGCAGCCCGAGACAAAUUUCUCCAAAGGGACAAUCGUAUCGUAUUGUAUUGUAUCCUAUCGUAUCUUAUCGUAUCAUUCUGUGUCAGAUUGUGUUGAACUUCAUCUUAUCAUAUCAAACCCCAUUUUACUGUAUCCUAUUAAAUCAGAUUUUAAUGCGUCAUUGUGUAUCAUAUCCUAUUGGGUCCUAUACAUAGACUGUAUAUAGAAUGGACAGAGUCUGCCUCCUUGCUGGGUGAAGCCACUCCGAGAACAGCGCCCUCUGUUGAUGGGCUGCAGUAUAGGUCAUAAAUCCUGCCUCCGCCAGCAAAGCUUAUGGAGCUGUGGACAAACUUUAGAAAUUUAUUACACAGAACAUACAUUUUUCUUCCCCCUGCUUGCGAUGUUGACAUGUAGUUAUUGUAAGACUGGUUUGUGCUCAAGUCCUCUUUUUUCUGUGAAGCUCCAUUUUUAAAAGUUAUUAGGGGGUUCAUGUUUUCUAUGAUUGACACCUGAUACAGCCUAUUGGCGUUCAGGGAUUGCGUAGCUCACCCGGGGGGAUACGCUGUUUGAGCCGAGCGUCAUCACAGUGACUCUCGGCGACUGCGCGGCCGAAUGCGUGCAUCGCUACUGCGCAGCGCUGGUUUCAGGAAAUGAAGAAAAAUCCCAGAAAUACUGAGACCUUUUUGGCUUCAAAUCCGUUUACAGGCGGGAGGCGGAACCAAGUUGUCCAUAGUAUAUACAGUCUAUGGUGCUAUAGUACCACAUCAGAGCUACUGUCCUAUAGUACCGCAUCAGAGCACACCCAACCUCAUCAGACUGCAAAGAAUUCUAUUUAACCACACCCUGUCUGAUUGUGUUGUAUCAUACCGAAUCAUCUUUUUAUAUAGCAUUGUAUUACACAACAUAGGUCGGUAUUGAACUUCAUAUCUGAUUGGACGGCAUCAGAUUGUUUCAUGUCGGUAAGUGUUACACUAUAUAUUAUACGAUGUGUUACAUGCUUUUAAUUUCCUUGAGGUAACCUUCUCAAAAAGAUAACUGAAGUUGUAUCCAAUCUAAUCUAAAGAUACAAGAUGAUGUGCUGUGCACAUAAUCUCAUAUUGUGCUGUAUCACAUGGUAUCAUAUUUUAACAUAUCAUAACAUACCUACCAUAAAUUAACAUAUCGUAACAUAAAUUUUCAUAACAUGGUUAUUGGUAAAUAAAGUAACGCAACCUGUUGCAACAUAACUUAUAAUUACAUAACAUUUAGUGUCAUAUGUUACCUAAUUGUAUUGUAACAUAUCGUAUUGUUACAUAUAAUGUUGUUACAUAACUUAUCGUAAUGCAUCGUAAUACUGUUUAUCAUAUCAUGUUGUACGUGUAAGAUAUAAGAUUGCUUCAUAUUGUAUCAUAUGGUCUCUUAGAUCCUCCAGAUCAUCAUAUAAUCGGACCUGAAUCUGGUGACUUUGAACUAAAAAGAGUUUCACUCUGUAAGUUUAGUGUUUUUUAACAGAAGUUAUAAUUUCUCUCUAUUUUUAUAUUUUUUUUAAUGAUUAGCUGGUCAAAGUUUAUCAACGCACCGCUGUACGGCCCUAAAUGACGCCUCUUUAAGAAUCUUAUUAAAUCUGCUGCGUCUCUUUAAAAAACAAAUCUGAAGGAUUUCUGCAGCAAACACAGAGGAAAUGCUACUUCACGGUCUGUGCAGGGAGGAGAGCUGAUCUGGUUUAACUUUGCUUUAUCAUUCAAUCAAGGGUUAUCAGGAUAAGUGUCGGAGACUGCAGCGUCAGUCCAGCUGUAGAGGGAUGAGCUAUUGGACGAACACCAGAUCUGAUUCCAGAUCCUGAAGUGAACUUUAUAAACGUUUCAGUGUGAACCUUCAAUAAAUAUUAAACUACACGAUGAGGUUUGACCCAGACUCAGAGAGAGGCGACAGGUGGCGGUAAAUCCUCUGAUGUCACCCUCUGUCAGGUGAGGCAGGGAUGGCGCUUUGCCAGCUCUCACAGCAGAACGGCUUUUUAAUUUAUGCUCAGAGGCUGACUCAGGAUGUGGCGACGCCAACAACUCACUGACUGAGUCUCAGCAAACACUGAAGAGGCACAUUGGUUUAGUUUAACUUUUCAGUGUCUGUGUGCUCCCACAAGGACCUGUAUCCAGAAAGAUUCUGGACCAAGCUGAUAAAAACCAGCCAGAGUAGGAAACCAACUUUUUAACACAAUCCAGGUUAGUUUAGUCUGGUUUUAACAAAAGAAUUGGAUUAACCUGACCCAGAUUCAGAUUUUUAUAAUUGACCAAAUCUAGAUUACCUCAAUAGGACUACAUACAACAUACUCUGUGCAUAGGGGGCGCCAAAUCCACACAAAUUAAAAGACCCUAAUGGCUACAUUUGAGUGAAAAUUUUAGGUUUGAUGUUGACGCUCUUUUAUGUGUUAUAUUUGGAGGAAAACUUUCAUUUCUUUGCAUUUUUUCAAGCCCUCCACUGGGCUCGGGAUCAACCUGAUUUUCAGGGAUCAAAGUUUUUCUCCAGAAGUUUUCAACCUCAAAAGCUGAAGGUUUACCAAAGAUGGUUUUGCCCAGAGACAUAUCACCUAGACUUGGUUCAUGAGCUUCAAGAACUCAAUCAUCCGAUGCUCUUAGAGGGCACCUCUAAUUGAGAUCCACUUCAGUGAACAAGGACUAGGCUUCACAUCUCAGCAGCUAUUGGUUCUCCUUGACAACCAUUAAAUGCAAUCAUUCAGGAUCGUGAUGUAACAUUAGUAAGACAUAAAAAUAGAAAUAAAUUGGAGUAAGGCUCUUCAGUUAUCAUUUUUUUGUUGCACUGCUUGGUCUCCUGAUUAAGGAGGUUUUAGGAUUUAUGUGGGAUCACUAAAAUGGCCAUGAGCGGAACAAAUAAAAGCAAAAACUAUCUAGAGUAUAUGGAUUGUACUCUUGUUAAAUGUACCUGCAGUACUUCUAAGACAGACCAGAUCUUUGACAGACUCUUGAACAUCACCAGGUUGAUAUCUCAGAGUGAGAUAUCUAUUUCCACUCCAGGCAGUGUGAAAGAUGUUAUUUCCUGUGUUUAUGUCCGAUGAUCACCUCAUCAUUCCACGCCAAUGAAACACUGAUGAUGCAUGAAAUGCUGCUUUAAUAAGCAAUUAUCAGCUUAACUCUGUGUGAAAUAUUUCCCCCUCAGCCUCGUUCAACAGGCUCUCCUCAGAUAAACCACGCUGAUGCUGCUUCUGAUGCUGCUGUAGCUCCUCUCUGCUCCAGGUCAUUUCUGUCUGGAAACAGAAGAAGAGAGGAGGAGGAGGAGGAGGAAAAUGUCAGAUUCCGCUUCUGGUUUUAGAUGUAAACCUGAGCUGACAGUGCGACCUCCCUUAGGGUCGCUGAGGUGAAAUCUGAUUUAAUCUCCCUGUUUGCAAACCAGAUUAAACCCUGAGAGACGUUACGGAGCCUCCACAUCACUCCUCUGGAGGUUAAAAUGUCAGUUUUCUGAUAUCUGUCAUAAUGAGGAAGAGCUUCUUUUACUGGAGAAGAACAGUUCAGUAAACAUCUGCAGAGGAAUCCGUCCUGGAAAUGCUCGGCUGUAACAUCAAGUUUAAGGAGUUGAGUGUGUGUAGGAUGAAAUCUCAUAUAUUGUUUCUUUGAACAACACCCUGCAGCUGGUAGGAGGCUCAACCCGUCAGUUUUGGUGGAUUUCAUGUUAAAUCAAAGUCAAAUUAGAGGUAAAUGAAUAAACUCAACACGUGUCCCUGCUGAGCUGAAUGAGAAUAUUCUCUGAAUCAUCCCGUCUGUUCAGAGGGCGGCGCGUUCAGCGUCUGUCAGGGUCACACUGACGAGCUGAGGGAAGCUGAGACUCAGCGUCUGAAUGACAGUCUUCUGACUCUGAAUGAUGAGCUCUGAGUGUGAGGGAGGUUCACUGCCGCUUCGAACCUGCUGCAUUUUGACUCCGGUCCACUGCGCGGAGGAGAGAGAGAGAGAGUGGGUGCAGAGGAGCUGGAGGGGGAGAGACUGUGAGAGACUGUGGAUAGAGAGAGAAGAAACUGGAAAUGAACAAGAGGCAUACAGAAGUGACUCUAACCCUCAGUGUUCAGGUUUUUAUAGGGUCUGCUGAGCUCAGGGUGUUUUUAUGAAUGUCAGAGCUGGGAGAUUAUUCAGACUUCAUUUUCAAUUAUGAUUAUAGCUUUUCACAAUCAUCACAAUACAACAAUAGAGACUAAAAGAUAUUGUGCUGCCUACUGUGUCGCACUCAUGUAAUGCAAACGAAGGACACCCUCCCUUUUCUCCUUAAAAGAGAGCAAGUGUUCAGCCCUUCCCCCUCAAACCGCUGUCGAUGUGCAACAAAGUUUAGGUGUCUGAGGAGGCAGGUGGAGAGAAAGGAGCAGGUAGAUGAGCAGGAAGAGGAGAGUGGACAACAGGGAGAGGAGCAGGAGAGAGGAGAGGAGAGCAGGAAAAGGAGCAAGUGGAGAGAGAGGAGAGCAGGGAGUGGAGCAGGAGGAGGAGAGGAGAGCAGGAAAAGGAGCAGGUGGAGAGAGGGGAGAGCAGGGAGAGGAGCAGGAGGAAGAGAGAGGGGAGCAGGAGAAGGCAGGAGGAGAAGAGAGGAGAGCAGGGAGAGGAGCAGGAGGAGAAGAGAGGAGAGUAGGGAGUGGAGCAGGAGGAAGAGAGAGGGGAGCAGGAAAAGGAGCAGGUGGAGAGAGAGGGGAGCAGGGAGAAGAGCAGGAGGAAAGAGGUCGUCCUGCAGCCGGCUGAUGAUGGACAUGUCAUUUGGCUGACUGCUGACAGGCUGGUCUUUGUAUUGGUUGCUGAUGAGUCAGUCCUGGUCUUAGCCAACAGUGGGCUGGUCAUGCGGCUGGCUGCUGACCUGGUCCUGACUUUGGCUUGUUCUGAGACCCACUCCUGGGACUUGUGUUUCAUUUCAGAGCCGUUUGGCUUGUCUUUAGGCUGGCUGUUGGCAGAUGUAUGUUGAGUUUGGGUGUCACCAGGCUGGUUUUUAGGCUGGCUGCUGACUUGCUGGUCUUGUGGCUGACUGCUGUUGGGCAUGUUUAUAGGAUGUGAGAUGGCCUUUGCUCCAAACUCACUUGGGCCCUCUGAACACAGAACCCUCUCAGCAUCUUGACUAAUUACAAUAAAGAGACUCAGUGACGCUUUGUUUUUAGCGCCCACCUCUGUUUAUAGGUGUGAUUGAGUGUGAGUUAAUGUAGCUCCUGUAAGACAGAGUUCAGAGUGCAGGUGUAAUGGAGACAGCAGACAGCUGUAGGGAAUGUAAAAAUUAAAUUGCUUUCUUGUUAUUUCAGUCCUGCAUCUUCCUGAUCAGACAUUUGAAACUGCACCACUUUUAUUCGUCUAUGAUUCAAACAUUUAUAUGUUUAUGUAAAUGUUGAGUUUUAAAUGUUCAUGUAAAGCUCUUUGUCGCCUGGCUUGGAUAGAGCUGAUUUGUUCAGCACUUAUUAGUUCUGUGAGGACAGGAUAUUUACUGGGUGCAGAGAGAAGCCUGGUUCAUGAUUUGUUAGCAGUGUUGGGAGAAAAUGAUGUGCAGGGUCAUAAACUGCAGCAGUCGGCAGUUUUAUUUAAUGAUGUGGCAACAAGCGAACGCCUCUAUAACAGAGUCUCCCUGCAGACUGCUGUCAGCAUCAGGUGUUAAAACCCACUGAGAUCACCUGGACUUAAUGAAAGGGGAGACUCACAGGGUUGGAUCCUAAAGGUGUUUGAAUGGUAGAGGAAAAGGAUAGAUCUGAGGAUCAAUCUUAAUGAUAAUAACAGGAAAAGAUGAGGGCCAUUUUAUCAGGCAGCAGCUUCAGGUCAUUUGUAUUAAAACAAACUUGCAGAAAAGCGUGAUAAAUAAAAGGAAGCAGCUUGCAAUGAAUCAAACCAUAUAUAAUAUAACUAGGGCUGUCAAAUGGUUACAUUUUUAACCUAGAAUUAAUUCCAGAAGUUCAAUAAGUAAUUGUACUUUAUCUUGUUCUUAAUCAUACACUCUAUUUAUUGUAUAGGAUCAACAAGUGCAUCACAGUAGGUUGGCUUACUAAUCAUUUAGUCUCAAUUAUCACGUAUUUGCAUGUAAACAGGACUUGUAAGUGCAAAAGAUGCAGACUGUAUGGUCAUGAUGUUAUUCUAAGACCCAUUCUGAUGUUAAUUUAGGAUUUUAUAAGUCUCUUUUCUUAAAGUGAAACAGCUUUGGAUGCUCUCUCUGCUCCAGCUCCAGCUCCAGAAUUAUUUCUUGUCAAAAAAGUAAAAAAUGAUCAGAGCAAUACGCUGAACGUGAAAAACCUCAGGCUACACCAGACUGAAAAAUUGGCUGCAGCUCCCGGAGGCUGGAUUGUUUUAACCUGAUCAGAUGAUAGCAGAGGACCUCUGAGAUUAAUGUUUGGCAGACUUGGAGACACUGGAUUCAGAUUUUGGUCCAGAAACAUGUCAGAAAAUAAUUGUACACAGUCUUAUUGUCCAUUAUUUUCGAUUAUCUGGACAACUUUUUGAGUCUGUUGUUUGUCAUAGAAAACAAAGUUUCAGCUGAGCUUUUGCUCAAACAUGUUGUUAGUUUGUAUCUGAUAUGACAGGAGGCAGGAGAUACAAGUCAAGCAAACAAACCCCGACACUGAUGGAUGUUCUUCUGCUCUGAUUCAGAUUCAGACAGCACAGGCCUCAGGGGACAGACUUUGUAUCUACGCCUCUCUCUGUGUGUGUAUGUGUGUGUGUGUAUCUGUGCAAUAAUGUGUGUUUCCUGCAGUAAAGGUAAAGGUCAGUGCAUUAUGUGUCACGCAUUGGAACAGGUGAAGUCUUGUAAAUGUUAAUGCAAUGGGACUGUGGGUUUAAUCCAGGUCAUGACUCCAACAUGCAAACCCAAAGAAGCAAAGGGAAACACGAACCGGUUAUACAUUUAUGCACCUGCUCGUUGUCUGUCUGUGCACCUGUCUUAGUUUCAAACCACUUGGGAACUGUUGCAAAAAGUGUUUUCACUCAAAUACAAUAUCUCUUAGCCCUAAUACUUUACAUCCAUUAAUAAAUCAAAUCCUGCUGCAGCAGAGGAUGUGACGUUGAAUUAUAAAUGUACUGUAUAUUACUUUUGAAUUAAUGCAGAUGCUUUAGUUAGAGUUUGCACUUUGAUUUAAGUCUGAGUUUAUCCCAUUUGUAACUAAUAAUUGCAAAGCACCUCACUGCAGAGGCAGAUCAUUGUUGUUUUUAACUAAUUUUGCAUUUAAAUGAUCUACUGGGAGGACACAUUAAGAGUUUUCCAGCUAGAUGUUCCAAACUGUAAAGCAGAUUUUAUUAAGACCAUUUCUAUUUGGACACAAGUUCAGGUUCAGUUUGGUUACAUAACCCCUUGAUUGAGAGAAGUUAAAGGUUUUCAGUCAUGAUCACUCAUCAUUUUGUGCAACCAUAUCCUGCAUGACUGAAAGGAGAGUCAUACUUGGUGCUUGUCUGAUGCUCCCUGGUGUAGACAGCAGCAUGCUACUGCAUCAAAGGAAGCCCAGUGCAGAAACCCCCCCUGGGUAAACAAGAGAGCACCUAUGGCUUUUGACUGCAGGAGGGUUAGAGGUUUGGUGGUGAACCUUUUCUGUUGCAGCAGCAGAUGUUCAGUAUUAGUGUUGCAGGAUUAGUACAAGGGAGGUUAAACUUCUGACGAAUGCAAGCUUAUGUAUAAUUAUUAGUGGUGUCACAAUUUCGAUUUUUUUAUCGAAAUCUAUCAAAAUUACAUUAUGGUGUCAACAAUUGAAAUCAAAGAAAGGUUCGACAAUCCCCUCCCUCCACAUUCGGGAGGUGUGCAAAGCAGAAGCAAAUAGCAAUGCUGCACAUUGUAGCCGAGCCUGCGAGCCUCUGUGAGUUCUAAUUUUUGUUGUUAUUUUGUUUUUUGUUGUUUUCACUUCACUAAAAACAAGGUUGUUAAAUAGUUUUUUUUUUUUUAUUUGACCAUUAAUGUGAUACAUUACACAACAAUAAUGGAAAUUGCAUCACUUGUAUGUAGCCCAUCUUUUGAAAUAAGAUUUACUGUACAAAAUGUAAUGAAUGAAACCAAUGAUCGUCGACUAGACUAGUCUAAUAAUUGGCAUAGACCUCUGUGCUGUAGGAAAAAGAAAAAGAAUCAAGAAUCAAGUAUUGAAUAAUUAUAAUAAUUAUAAUUCAUGACAUGGAAAAAUGGCAUGAAAAAUUAAGUCAUUUUAGAUUAUAUCAAGUUAAACUCUGAAACUUUAGCCACUCACUAGGAUCCUUUAAAAAAACAAAUUCAGAUAAAUAUGUCAUCUUUUAUUUUAUUUAUUUAUUUAUUUUUAUUCAAACAAGAAUUUUGGAUUUUUUUUUUAACGGGACAAUAUGCAUUAAUGAACAUUUACAUGUAAAUUCAUGGGAUUAUAGCCCAGUGUCUAAUUUCCAUCCCCAGUCCCAUUAGCAGGUUAGUGUCAAUACAUAAAACCAAAACAAACAUCAAUGAUAAAAAAUGAAAUACACAGAGCAUAUCAGCAACAAUAUAGAUGACACACAAACCAAACAAUAAGAACAGGCUGAGAGUUGGGGUAGUAUAUACACUAUUUAUGUAACCCCAAACAUAUUCUAUUAGCUGAGAGGUUUAAGGGGGUUGAUGCACGACAACAUUGGAAAGCAGAGAAUAAAUUCAAAAGCAGAUUUCUGUGACACAAGCACAGAAACAUCCAGAAACAACUAAGUGCAUCUGAGUGUACCUAAGAUAUGUGCUGACAUUUUAGCAAAUAUCGGUGGUAGGCAUACAGCUACAGGGCAUGCUUGGUAAAAAAAAAAAGGUGAACUUUAACAAACCUGAACAGAUAUUCAGCUGCUCAGUUUGAUUUUUAAGCCAGAGCACGCCGUUUAAAAAUAAGCACAAGCAGAGAUUGAGUGCACGAGCAGGGUUCAGGGAAAACGUCACAAAUUUUGAGUUUACAAUCAACUUUUCAAGGCAAACAGUUUGAGCACAAGCAGAGGCAAAUGUGAGCACAAGUAAGGGCUGUUUGAGUGCAAGAGCAGGGUGUUUGAGGACAAGCAGAGAAAGUCUAAGCACAAGCAGGACUUUUUAGUCCCUGAGCAGAGUUUUCAGAGAAGUACAACAAGAUAUAGACUCUGAGUCAACAAAUAAACAAUAUAUGAAGUUUAAGGACAGGUCGAGCUGAGAGAAUCACAUAUAGGGCUUAUUUGAGUGAGAGGGCAGGAGAAAAUCUGGAAUUAUUCAACUGCUCAUCUUUAUAUCAGAGCAUGAGCAUCGAGUCUGAGGACUGACAGGGACUAUCUGAGUUCAAGCUCAGUGUUUCCAGGAGAAAUAUCUCAAAGUUUAGGCAGAAAUUCAACUUUUCAACAACUUCACCCAUCAGAACAAAUGUAAGCUCGGGCAGGGUAAUUCAGGCAACGUAUCCAAUAAGACAAAAUUUGAAUAUUAAAUGCAUAAUUUAUUUCUAUUUGGAAGAUAAUGUCCAUGAAUUAAAAUAGGAAGAUGGCUGUAAAUGAAGGAGUUCAAUUUGAUAUGUCUGCACUGUGCUGUAAGCAGCAGAGGCAUCCCUGGGUCUCCUCUUUGUUGGAUAAUUUUUUUCUUUGUUUACCAUCAGGCGGCAUGAUUACCCCAAACACUCUAAUAUCAGCUCGUUCAGUGGAAACUCAUUUCCUCAUCACAUGUCUGCAGGCUGAGACUUAGCAGUUUAGCUGACCCUGAUGGCCUAUAAUUAGCUCCUAACAAGACUGGAGGCCACUGAAGGGUCCACGACGGCUCCCGAACCGCCUGGAGGUCCUUGAUGAGCUCACUGAGCCAAAUGGAUAAUUAGCUUGAUGAUUGGAAAGGGGAACUGCAGCCACGAUCAUUUCCCAUCAGGAUGAUGCACAAACAGCCAGUCCAGCUGCCAACAAACACAUAACCGCCGCUAAGGGGUCAACCAAAAGGAUGGAGAGAUUACUGAAGGUUUGAUUGUGUAAUAAUACUCGUAUAAAACACAUUUUCUCCAUUUAUGAUUACCUGAGUAAACCUGAGUAAGAGUGGAAAGUAGGAAUAUGCAGGAACAUUCAGACGUAAGUCAAUAAAUACAGGAUGAACCUUCAACUACCUUCAGUCAGUUUCAUCUAACUGCCCAUCUGACUUCACAGUUUGUGUUUUACAAAAUUAAAGGUAUAAAUAACCCAGUUUUAAUGUCAUUACCAUGAUUUUUGGAGACUAUAAAUAAAGGGUAGAUGGAUUAUGUUUGCUAUAGCCACUCCUCUUGUCUAGGGUGGCCAUACGUCCUCUUUUACCCGGACAUGUCCUCUGUCGGGCCUUGUCCAGCUUUGUCAAGGGAGGUUUAUAAAAUCCUUCAAAUUUUCAGGCUUUUGAAUGCAAGUUUCGAGUUUGUGUCACGUGGACUUACUUAACUUAGUGCGACUCCAUGACUCCGCCCCCACGUGGUCGUGUCCUCUUUUGGGGGAUUCAGAAUAUGGCCGCUCUACUCUAGUCUCCUGUUCAAAUUACUUUUACACCUUCUAAUUGAGAGGUGACUGACUCUUCCUCUGAGCCACAGCCACCCCAUACUCAGUUACCCAAUGAGGUGGGGAGGUGAGCCCUCAGCAGGUUCUUGGCUAACCCCAAACCUAACCCUAACCCUAACCCCAACCCAAACACUGUGAAAUUGUGACUGAUAUGACACCAUAGUGCUGUGAAUCUUUAGUUGCCCGUGCAUAACUAGCCCAGGCAGGCAAGUAGUGCCCAACAGGACCGCUCACUUUCUCUAACCUUUUAUUUUACCAGGAUUAUUUUUGUUAAGAUGCAAAAUCUUAACAACAUUAAUAAGGAGGAAGUUCAUGUUUUAUGGCCUUACAAAGGAAGAUGUCCCAAUGCUCCAGUCUUCUGAUGUGAAAAAAAGACCAACUGAACUUCUCAUACAAGACGCAGUGAUGUGUACAAAAACCAAGACUAGAGACAAAUUGCAAUGCGGUAUCAACACACUGAGUCCAGCAUUUUCAGAGAGUAUGAGGUCACUUGAAUAUAAAAGUAUAUAAGUAUAAAGUAUAUUAACACAGUCGACUGCAAUCAGCCCAGAUGACGAAGUGUAUACAAUUGUAUCAUCUGCAUAAUGAUUAAAUUUGACAUUUGUAGCAUUACUUCCUUAAUUGUUGAUGUAUGAAAUGAAUAAAAAGGGACCUAAUAUGGACCCAUGUGGGACACCACUGUGUACAUUUUAAAAAAAACAAUACAAACCUUCAACUUUGCUUUCUAUUUCUCAGGUGGCUAACAAAUCUCCAGACUGUCCUUAGUGCAAACCAAAUUAAAUGCCUUCCACACAAUGACAUGUCAAUAACCCUAAGGUGGAAAUCUGAAACCAUGACAACUCCAUUAUGCACUUUGGUCAUGAUGUCAGAAUAAAACAGGCUGUGGGAGUUCUUGUCAAUACCAUUUUUGCACGAGUUUAGGGGGCUGAGUCAUACUUGAGGGCUGUAUUUUAUGUUGUUUGUUCGAGUUCGGGUUACAGUUUUGUAAGCUGAACCCUCUGAGGUCAUUCAUAUAAUGAGCAACCAGAGUGGAAAGUAAAAGAUCACACCAUCCUGAUAACAGCAGAGAAACUACUCUGUAGCCCUAGUGGGGAGGUUUGAUUGAGAGAGAAAUGGCAGCGAAAGGAAUCAAACUCCUGGAGCAAAGAAAGAAAGUUUUUAUUUUUUUGGCAGCUUUGUUCGUAAGAUCGAUUUUUCUUUUAUCUUCCUGCCGCAAGAACAGGGACAGCGGGGGUCCUGGAGUAGAAGAAAACAUCACUUUUGGAGUCAUGAUUGUGUCUGACAAUCACCUCACAAAUAGUGUUGGAUGGCUUUUUCAGAGAGGUAAAAGGAUGGUCAGAGGAAGGAGAGGAGAGAAAGGAGAGCAUGUGAGGGAUGAUAUGAGGAAAGGAGGAGGAGGAAAUCUAGGGAUGAAAACAAAGUUAAGGAGGUCAAAGAAGGUGAAUGAGUGUGAGAGGAGGUAGAAGUGAAAGAACAGGACAAAAAGUCCAUCACAGAGACAAUAAGAGAUGAGAGCAUCCUUGUAGAUAAAGGUUUAUUGAUCUUUGAAGCAACAUUGACUCCCUUCACUUCCUUAGACAUGCAUCACCCGGCUCACCCUUUUGCAGAUCUCAGGUCAGCUCCUCAUGUCACUGCACUGUGUCUGCAGGCUUUACAUUUUCAGGUCGUCUGUUCAUGUUUGUCUCAUUUUUGUCAGAGUUAGGAACACCUGAGGGGAAACAUAUGAAUUUGAGAAAUGAUUCAGGUAGUUUAAGGUCCAGGCUCAGAGUCUAAAAACCUGAGUAUUCGUAACAAAGCAGCACCAGGGGGUCAAUGUGUCUUCUGCAUCCACAGGUUCAUCCAUGACUCACCGGCCUUUGGGGUUACGUCAGAGGGCCAAGGUAUCAAGACAAUCCUCCACAAGCUGAGAGCCUUUUCGGCAUCUUGAGCUGCAAUUACAGCUUAGCAACGAAGCCUUUCAUUACGAAAAAGACUUCCUAUGUUUGAAGGAGAUUGGUAGCUAUGGUUACAGGUGAUGGCGUUGGCUACAGGGGCAACAUGAACACAAUGGGCUCUCACGUAUCAAAGGAGAACUAAAGUGCAGUUCCAUGCUGCGUCACAUAGCGGAUGAAUGAAACAUGCAAUGCAUCAAAAAAGCAGCAGGUGAGUCUUCAGAAAUGUGACAUCAGCAAACCCAGAGCAGAAUAACAGCUGCUGCAGGUUUUUUAUCAAAGCUGGACUGUCCAACUUCUGGGUCAUCAUGUCUGACAGAGCUGCCUGGUAGGCCCAUGCUUUGGCAUCGUUCUCGUAAGAUGGUGCAGCAUGACUUCAGGUUGUGGUGACCCUCCUGGGGCCUCAUGUCUUAGGUAGUGAUGGCAAGAUGAAGCCUCUUGAAACAUGAAGGCUUUCCAUCCAAUUGCUCGACUCCUGGGCCGAAGCUUCAUCAUUGUGCUUCAUUUGCUCAACUGUGCCAUCAAGUGGACAAUAAAUGUAAAACAGGCAGAGACACCCCAAGGCCUUAGUGCACGAAGCUUUGAAUUGAAUAAAUGAACGGAUGUGAUGUCAUGAGUUUGUGAUACAAUACAGAAAUUACUAAAUUACUAAUAUGGUCUCCAUCUUAACAACACAGUAGCAGGGGCAAAAGGGGGAAGAGGACAAAGAGGACAUAAAUUAUAGAGAGGGUUGUGAUGUGAAUGUGCUUGUGUUAGGCUACUUAGUUUGUGCCAGUGCUUUUGUUGGAGCAACGUAUAACAUAACAAGUCUCAAGUCUAUGGAUUAUGGGGGGGAGGGGCUUCAUUGUGUUUCGCUGCCUGUUAUAUUUCGAAUCAACCGCCAAACCCACGAACCGUUUCUUGUUGACACAUCACAACUUCAAGGUGCCCUUCACAUAGAUAAAAUCCCCCAAAAGUGCUUUCUGGAUGCCUUUCUAGAUGAUGUAAUCUGAAAUAGUGCCCUGUUAAAGCUCUUAUUUCCCCACUGAAUGCCUUUCCACGAUUAGAAAAUGUGGAAAAAAAAGUCCUCCACUACAAUGGGUUGAAUACUAAAUAUGCCACCUUUAUGCCCCUCCAGUAGAGUUAAAGUGAAAGUCUUAAAAAUGGGUCUCUUUGGAACAACCUUGGCGCAGGAGUCUUUGCUCUCCUCAGCUUUAGGAUGAACAUGAAGACACGUGUGUGAAUAUGAUUCAGAGAUAUGAUGCGCUGAUCGUCACAUGGGCCAUUGUUGUGCGGAUGAGUCAGACAUGACAAAUGGUCUGUUGGCCGCUUUAGAUUCAGGUUUCUUGACAAAAGAGGGUAUGUUUCUUUAUUCAAACUAUGUUACAUGUUUUCCACGACUCUCAUAUUUUAAUUUUUUUCCAGACGCUUCUAGAUUCUUUCAAGGUUCUUCAUUGGUGAUGCUGAUUGGUCUGUGAACCUCUCUGCUCACUCACUGGCCAAUCAGCACAGCUGGUAGCAAAGUCUGAUCAUCGGUAAUUUCACAACUGUCCAAAAAAAUAAAUAAAUAAAUAAAAAACGAUCAUUUUGGUCCCAUCCAACCAUGGCAUCUUCUCUGUGGAUGAAAAGUGGGUUAGUGUAGUGGUGUGUGUGUGUGUGUGUGUGUGUGUGUGUGUGUGUGUGUGUGUGUGUGCUCAGAAACUCGCAGGUGGGAGCUGAAUAUAAGCAGGAGGACGGUCUCACCUUUCCUUGAAUAAAUUAGUGCUCAGAAAAGGUUUGAAUCCAGCACAUGGACUCAUGAAUCUGAGUAUUCAAAAGGAAACAGAAGCUUUUCAGCACCUUCUCCCACAUGAAUCUUUAAUACAAAUACUCAAGGUUCUUACUCUGUAAUUAUGUGCUGUACAACCCUCCCCUGAAUCCCCAUGUACCAUCACACACUUUGUGUUUGGGUACAUACAUGCAAAUCAAACAUGAAUCUCAUUAGAGCACGUGCAUAUCUCAAUCUUUCAACACCUUCUUUCCUCUAGUUUUAAAUUUCACUGAAGCAAAAGAGGAGACAGAAAUGCACAACACAAAUGCCAAUCAAAUGCCUCUACUCUUUUUCUUAGUUUUCACACCUCUGUUUCCUGCCCUGUUUUCUGGUUAAGGCAGAAAAAACAUGUAUUUGUUUUUCAAAAUGCAGGUUUUUUACAGAGCUGUGCAAGAGUUGAAUAUAUCCUCUGACUGAGUCUGUGAUCAUAAAUAAACCAAGGUGGGUUUGAGAUGUUAUUUCUGAAAAGAAAAUGAUGUUUCAUGUGGGAGAAGGUGAAAUUGAAGGUUAUUCUGAUUGAGUUGAAUGUUGUUUUCUUUUCCUGCUUUAACAACAACAUAAAAAAUAGCGAUGCUCAUGAACACAUCAUAUGUAUCAGAAAGCAUGAUCCUCCGUUUUACACGCUCUGUCCUGUACCUUCUUUAAAGAAAUAGGAAAGAAAAAAAGGUGAACAACGGGUGGGUUAUUUACAAGGCCAGCGCCAUUAAUUGUAAUUUUGACAGAGCAGACAGGUGAGACCGACCCUGAGACUCAGGUAGAAAUAUAUCCUUUCAGAGACGAAAGCCUGAGGGACUUCCUCACAAGGUUAUCCUGUGGAUCACCGCCUGUGUUUACCACUGCUGUUAGAGGACGUUUCAUCCUAAUGUCUGAAAUAAAAGUUACCAUGAGCCUCUUCAUGGGAUGAACUCCUGUUGCCCUCAUCGCUCACAAGUGUCAUCUCCUGCAACAUUUGCUCCAGACCUCCCCUCAAAUCUUACCACCUCAGAAACACCUGCAUGACUGAGUAAGCCUGGACCCAAGGUGUGAAAAUGUGCCGCUGGCCUGGGCUGGAGAUGUUCAACUUUUAACUCCUGCACGGCAUAAAUAACCUAUGAGGCAUCACAUCUAUAAGACAUAAAAGUGAGAUACAGCGACAUGAUGUAAAAGAGGUGUUUGACAGAGUGUGAUGUACAGGCUGAAUGAAGUAUGACCUGGCUGUGGCCCUAUAUGUGUGAUAAAACACAAGAAGAAGAGCGGAAAGAAGAGGGAUAAAAUAAGUGUUCAGGAUUUGAUCAGUGAAUGAAUCAUCCUGACGUACCUUUAAGUUCACAUUAGGCACCGGACAUAAAUUCAGAUUUGGACUGAAUCACAUCACAGGCCAUCUCUGUGCAGUUUGCUCCAUUUUUUUUUAUUUACGCAGCAAAUCCUGACAAAUUUCUUUCAGGUUAUAGUGAGACAGACAGACAGAGAGGGAACGUCCUUGUCUUUUCACUGUGAGGUGUGUUCAUGAUGAAUGAGACAAAUUUCACAGUUUUUAUCCAUCCCAUCUCCUCUGCAAACUAGCGAAAUUUGACUUGUUUGAAAAAUAAAUGAAUAAAUGAUUGUGUGUGUGUGGGGAUAUAUAAAUGUAUAUAUAUGUAUAUGUGUGUAUGUAUGUGUGCAUGUAUGUUUGUAUGUGUAUGUAUAUGUAUACAUAUAAUUAUUAUUAUAGAGAUAUUCCAAUGUAAUCCAAUUAAGAUUUUUUUUUCUUUUCUUUUUAAAUUCUCUUUUACAUAUUAUAUAAAUUUCUUCCCCCUCCCCUCCCUCACAAAAGUAUUUUUGUAAAUUUUUUAUUUUUUAUCUUUUUGUUGUUGUUGUUGUUUCUGUUGUUGUCGUCACUCUGUUUUGUUGUUAAUAAAAAAUAAUAAUAAUAAUAAAUAAAUAAAUAAAUAAAAAAUAAAAAAAUAAAAAAUAAAUAAAUAAAUGAAUGAAUAAAUACUCAGUUGUGCAUAAUGGUACAGUGAGAGGAUUGGAGGAUGGAGUCACUGACGGUUUCAGACCAAUUAAUCCCCUGAUUCUCAUAACAAAAUCAAUGUCAGAGUAAUAAUAGUGGACAGGUUAAUUGGCGCGUCAUCAGCAGUGAUGCGGACGCUGCACAGAUCUGUAGUGGUGAAGAGGGAGCUGAACCCAAAGUCAAAGCUCUCAAUAUACCAAUCAACCUUCAUUCCUACCCUUACCUAAGGUCACGAGAUGUGGGUAGUGACUGAAAGAACGAGAUCGCAGGUACAAGCGGCUGAAAUGAGUUUCCUCCACAGGGUGGCUGCUCCUGCUGAGAGGAGUCAGAUGAGGUGGCUUAGGCUUCUAACCAGGAUGCCUUCCGGACGCCUUGCUAGUGAGGUGUUCAGGGCAUGUCCAGCUGAUAGGAGACCACAGGGAGGACCCAGGACAUGUCUCUCAGCUGACCUGGGAACACCUCAGGGUGCCCGGGGAAGAGCUGAACAAAGUGGCAAGUGAAGGGGGAAGUCUGGGCACCCCUGCUUAGGCUGCUGCCCCCGUGACCCGGUAGAAGAUUUGUAAUUUUUGAAUCCUCCAGAGAAGAAAAUGCCAACCUCACCGCUGAAGAGUUCCUGGAAUUGCUGAUGACUUUUCUUUCAUUUUGUACUUUGACAGCAAGUGGAACAAAAAGAAGAAGAUGUGCAGAAACAGAUUAAAAAAUAAGAAAAAUAAAAUGUCAAACAGAUAUGAUCAGAAAGACGAUGCAAAGCUGACAAAAUGUCUGAUCAAUGCAGGACUGAAAACCAGAUCUGUGGUGGAUUACAUUGUUCUUUACGAGGCUUCAUGAAGACUUUGUGCAUCUCCAUCAGAGUCGCUCCGACACGCCCAUCUCUAACUUUUACAGACUUAUUCCACUGUGACUCUAAAUCCUCGCUCAUCUCAGUCUGAUGGAGGAUUUAGGAUGCAGCUCCAGAACUGCACUUAAAGAAUAAUUAAUACAAGUAAGACCAGGACCGCUCCUAUUGUUUCCACUUUUGUCCUCCAGUCUGCAGCUACAGCUUUCUAAGAGCUGCUGGAGUUUCUCAUUAACUCACACAGAGCCUGGAGUCACUAAUGCUGCCCAAAGAAAAAUUACGGCUCAGAUUAUAAAAUGAUUUACGUUCGGUUUCCACUGAGACGUCGUUAAAAGAAAUGGUCCUCUUAUUUCAUAACAGUUUCUCCUCUUUUAUUCAUGCAGAAAUGUGCAGUGGCAGCCUUUUCUGCUCCACUUCAUCCUCAUUAAAAAUAUUUGCAUCAUUUAUUAUUUUAAUCCCGGCUCAUACACAGAUUUAUGAUGGAUACCUUGUGGUGCUCAGCAGCUCUUUUUUAACACUGGAGGCAUGAGUUUUUGUUUUGGUGGUCUUAGAGGUCAAAGGUCACAGGUUAAAGAUGCUGAAGCCAAAUCGCCAAUUUUCUCUGCAUCUGGAAUGGCUCCUCUACGGAACGGUUGCGGUUUUUGCUGUCGACCAAUUCCUACAGGUUGGGUUUGUGGGGCAAAUUCAGGGGCAGAUUUCGGACAGUGGGAAUUGCAUGAACUCAGAAGAACCUGUGGAUUCACAUGCAACCAUGCGGGUUCUUGUGGCUCCUUUUGAAAAGAAGCCGGAUGUUUUAUGUUGUGUCUGUGCCUGACUUCCUUUUCCGCAUGGGUUAAUCUGUGCUGGAAUUUAUGUGGCAUGCUGCGGCGUCUGGAAAAAUAGAACUCUGGCAAUCAGCUGCGGAGUCCGCUAAACCGCAGUGAAAAGGAAAGAAGCCGGUGGAAAUUCACUUGAAUUAAGAAGAAGAAGAAGAAGAAGAAGAACUUUAUUGAUCCCCGAGGGGAAAUUCAACUGUCUGCUGUCUCACGUAAUAUGUCUAUAAAAGUUAUCUAUUAUUUACAUAAGAUUUAUAAAGCCUGAUGGCUGUUGGUACAAAAGAUCUUCUGAAUCUUUCUGUCCUAGAGUGAAGAGAGAGGAGCCGUCCACCACCAUUGGCCCUUUGGUCCAUUAAGGUGUUGUGAAGUGGGUGAUAAACUUGAAUGGAAAUGAUUAUCUGCAAUUGACCUUUUCGCACCAGUUCCAAAUGUGGUGCAAACUGGGGGUAAAACACACAGGACCAGUGUUGAGCGUGUUCCGUCAGCGUCCCGUGUCACACAGCAAAUAGGUUGCCAUUUUAAUCAAUGCAACAUCGCACACAGGACGCAUCGCAGCUCCGUCUCAGAAGCGUGUCGAGCGCGGCACUGCUAAAGAUAUGUACCAAGUCUAUUUUCUCUGCUUUACGCUCGCAACACGAAUCAAUCUACGCAGGGAAGAUCGUUGUAGACAGGAUGUCAGGCAAGAAAACCGCACACGUCAUUCGGUAAAUUUCAAAAUAAAAUACAAGCUGUGGACUCCCGACUGAUAAGAAAUACUUCCUGGUUAUGGAUUUAUCAGUAACAUAGAACAAUCCGAUGGUCAAUCUCUGAUCCAUGUGGACCCCAAUACGACUUUUAGCUGCUAACUCUGUAACAGCACAGCAUGGAGGAACAUAGUUUACUUUACUAAACAUGAGUAAACCUGCAAAAAACACUCAAAUGUCAAAUCAUGUUGCUUUGUCACAUACAGCAGAAGGUCAACAGUCACUGAAUUAUAGUGACCAGCAGGAAAUAGACUAAAGAAAGGCAAAAGAAUCUGUUGUGAGCAUGUUGUUUCCUCUUUACUGUACUACACUGCUGCCACGCUUUAAACACGCAUCCUGUGGGCGAUAGACAGCGCUGCCCGACGGAGCAGAGGCGUGGCGCUGACGGAACGCGCUCAACGCGGAUCCUGUAUGUUUUGGGCUUGAGGGUCACUGUUGCUGCUGCACUGAAGUGACCUUUCCCCCUUAAACAUGCUGUAUUCAUAAACGAACCUCCAUAACUCAGUCCAAGCACUCACCUCCAGGAUCCAGACACAGAUCCUCCCCUUCAGGUUAAAAUGUGCCGUGUCGAGCUUUGUGCGAGCUUUCAUCAGACUAAUUAGAGCUUGAGCCAGUCUGGGUGCUUGACCCACCUCUAGGACUAUAAUUUUUUUACAACCCUUAUUCCACAAGAGUUGGGGCGCUGUGCAACAUGUUGAUAAAAACAGGAUUUGAUGUUUUGCAUAUCAUUUGCAUGUCAUUUGAAGCCCACAUUCAACUGAAAACACCGCAAAGACGACAAAUCACAUGCUGCUUUUUAGGGUGCUACAAAAACACUUUUCUGUUUUGAUCCCAGAGAAGUAACCUUGAUUUCAAACCUUGGGGUAAUCAGCUGAUAGGAGUUUAAUAUCAGGUAUUAAAUAAAUAUAUCUCCCUUUCUCUGUCACCAUUAGGUAUAAAGCCAUCGUGAACCCAAUGGACAUCCAGACGUCCAGCGCUGUCUUCUGGACGUGUCUGAAGGCCGUCUCUAUCUGGCUGCUGUCCGUCCUGCUGGCUGUUCCUGAAGCUAUUUUCUCUCAAGUCGUCACCUUACAGGUAAAAAAACAAUCAUCUGUCAUCUUCUUUAUACGUCCAUGAUCUGCUUAUUUCUUUUUUCCUCUGAAGUCCCACACGGAUUCAAUAGACUACAUUAGAACUUUUGCAUAUUCACACUUCGCGCACAUAUCAACAAGACUAAUAUUGUUAACAAUGACACCACAGCAACAACUCAACCCUGCAAUUAAUAGACUCUGCAGCAACACAAAAUCCUCUGACAAUUCUCAGUCUGAAGAUCAAACAUUUCCUCUGACCUUAAACUAAACGGACCAUAGAGGCCCGGACUCUUUUCAUCGCUGUUCCGGUUCCCAAGAGAUGAGGAGUUCAUGUGGAGUUCAUGUCGAUCCAGAAGGGAGGAGAAGCGCUCUAUAGGUGCAGGCUGUCCCUGUGUCUUUUGAUCUGUAGCUUCUUUGCAUGAACGCAAGAAACCUCUCCAUUAAUCUUUCAUUCAGUGAGCUGCAGACCGGUGCUUUUUUCUAUUUUUCCUGUCAAUCUGGAUGCGAUGCUCUCUCCAAUCAUCCACCGGCUUUGUUGUGUAACCAGGCUGCAGGUCCCUCAUUGAAGCAGCUGCUGAAUCUGCGUCCCUUUCACCAUCUCUCCAAGCGAAACCCUCAUCCUUAGUCUGAUGGAGCCCUCAGUUCACCUGUGGAUGAGCUAUGAGCUGCUGCAUCUGCAUGAGCUCCUGUCCACUGUGUGUAACACUGAAAAAAAAGAGUCUGCUGCUUUCAGGCUGUGUGGUGGGGUUACUUUAGGUCAUGAAACCCUCCUCCUUGGAUGCUACUCUGCUGGUGUAACCUCGCUGUUGAGUCAGAUGCUCAGUCUGAUGCCUUUAUCAGCUUUUAGAUCAAAACAAGGAUUGAGUUCUUUAGAUUUUCAGCUACAGGUAAGCAGCAGGGGACUAACAGUCGUGUGUAAAGCCAUCACACUGCUCCUCCUAAAGGACAAAAACAAAGUGUGUUUGUGACCUUGUGUCCAUUCAGACUGAGUGUAAGCCGUCCAUCACGUCCUGUUGAAGUCUGAUCUGGGCAGUUUCGUCUCAUCACACUAACGUCACCCCUGACAGCUGUAAACAGAGUUAAAGUCAGAUUUAUGAACAAGACCAGCUUCCAUCAAACCCUGCAGUCCAUUUGAUGAGCUUUACUGAUGUGGUAUUAUGCCUCUGCUCUCCUUUCUGCACUCCAUCCUCAACUUCUACUUCUCCUCUUCUUCUCUAAUCUUCCUUCCUCUCAUUGUUUAAAUCCUUCUCUGUCCCGUUUGCCUCUCUUUUGUCCUUAACUCCUUGUCUCCUCCCCUCUCAGGGUCACAGGGACAACACAAACGUCACCUUCGUGAACUGCGUGCCCUACCCACUGUCCAAUCAGAUGCACCCAAAGAUCCACUCGGUGAUGAUCUUUCUGGUUUACUUCCUAAUCCCUCUGGCCAUCAUCUCGGUGUAUUACUACCAUAUCGCCCGCACGCUCAUCAAGAGCGCCCACGACAUGCCGGGUGAGGUCAGCGAACACACCAAGAGACAGGUGAGGCCAUCUAUUGGUGAACGGAGAGAGUCCUGAUGAAUGAAUGAUGAGGAGAUGAUGAAUUGAUUGGUUGUGCAUCAUAAGCUGCAUUUACAUGGGCAAAAAUAAUCAGAAUAAACGCCUGAUCGGAAUAAAAAUGCGUCAUGUAAACAUGUCGAUCGGAAGAUUCUGAUCCAAUUCGGCUCAAUUGGAAAGAAAUUGUAUUCUGAUCAAGAGGGGUAGUUUAUGCUGAUCGUUAUUCCGAAGCGCGUCUGUGUAAACAUUCAUUCCGAUCGUGACUCUCUUACCUGACUCGAUCUUCACUCUUUAGCUUUUGGCUUAUUUACUGAGGUCAGUACAGGAGGUUUCAUUAUUAACACUCUGACAUAAAACACAACCGCAGGUGCCGUGUCUGCUCCUCCGAUGACAUACAGCGUCAUGAUGUCACAUCUGCCCACACAGUGCAACGAUUGACAGAACAGUAAAAUAAGUACGCAGGGGCGCCAUCUAGUGACAACAUUUAACAGGAGGAAAACUCUUGAGGCCACCUCACGUUUGAUGGUUUGUUGACAGCGCAGGUAUAAAUACAACUCUUCUUCUGCGGUUGUUUUAGUGAAAUUAGACAACUCUGCACAUGUCCAAAUGCUUCUAAUCUGAAUAAAAUUUAGUGCAUGUAUACGUACGUCAUGAUCGGCUCAUUCGAUUUUUAACCAUACGGUUAGGCCUGUCGCGAUAAUCAAUAAAUCACCUAAUCGCUCGGUGUCAAUAAUAUCGUUUAUCGGCAAUAAUUUGUAGCACAAUUAUCGUCCAGCAAAAUUUGUUAUCGUGACAGGCCUACAUACGGUGCAUGUCAGGCCUACAUUUGUGCCAUUCAUAUAUGAUGAAAUAAAUCAACAUGAUCCACCACAUCUCUGUCUAACAGCUCCUCAGAGGUUUCAGUAAAUAUUGCAGUCAUGUGGGAGCGGUCAGAGGGGGAGUGAGUCGGUCUGAGAGAGUGAUCGCUUUACUCCUCAGCUGCAGGAGGAGCUGAAUUAUUUAACACCCAGCGGCAGGAAAGAUCAGGAGUCUGCAAUCAAUGAUUGAGCGACACAGCUGGGAAUUACUGCUCCACCUCUGGGGAACAACACGGUGAUAUUUAUAGAGGGAGCGGAGCUAUUAUGAGGUUUGACAGCAGUGAUUCCAUCAUUACCAGUUCAACAACAGAGUCACAUCAGACUGGCUGAACUGAUGCUCAGUCUGUCCUCGACAGAAAAAAAACAAAACGCUUUUACUGAUCCUGGUAUUGGUUUUAGAGGCCUUUAUGUAACUUUAAAGCUGAGGUCUUGUAUAACCCAAUAUUAUGGUUUUAACUUGACCUCAAUGGAGUUGGAUUGGAAACAACAUGAAGUUGGAGAUGCUGACAGCUCAUGUCUGAAAAUGGACGCAUCACAAGAGCAAACUCCACAGAGCUGCCAAACUUAACGGGUUUUUGUGUUUGGACUUCAUUUCUGCGGUGCACUUUUUGAAGUGUACAUCCUCAAGUUUUUGUGGUAUAAGCAGCUGAAACCCACUCUUGGUGAAUUUACCCCUAAAUUUAUAGAUAGAAAAUCAAUAAAUAAGUUCAGGCCCAGACUAAACAAGGACCAAGUCUCCAUGCUUCAGUUGCUGGUAUUAUUUUACUUUUCUGUGCUAAGCCCAUUAACCGAAGGAGUCCCAGUAAAACACAUAAAUACUGAAGAGGAGGUAGUUUUAGUGACAUUCAGAGCAGAGCUGCAGCCUGGAGUGUCUCUCAGGAGCUGAGGACACUCUCUGCAGCCAGGAUAACCUCCAUAGACCUCGGGUUAAUGGAGAGUUGCUGACGAACAAACAGUGAAUCAUCUCCUGACCGUUAGAGAGAGGAAUUGUGGACAAUCACUGAGACGUGAAAGACUCUCUGACAAGCAAUGGAGCAGAUAUAACAUCCUCGUCUUUUCCUUCAGUGUUACUAUUACCUGCAUCCAACAGUAAAUGAGAAAGGCUGGAGGCAGUUGAAACCGGAAUAUCAAUAUUAGCCUCAUAACAGUGUUAUUAGGAUGAAUAAAUACAUUCAUGUGAUGACACCGGUCAGGAUGUUUGUUCUGAGUAAUAUUCAGAUGGCAUCUGUUCGAUCCAAGCUGCUAUAUACCUCAACCCUUUUAUACGUGAUUACCAGCUGAAGGACCUCCAAUAAAUUAUAUUGACUGCAGAGGAAGUCCAGGUUGUUGAUCCUGUGUUACUAAUUAGUUACGCAGAGUAUUAGGGCCACAUUAGGAAGAAGAAAAAAAAAGACUUUGAGAUUAAAGUCAUUAACUUACAAGAAUAAAGUCAUUAUUUAUGAGAAAAAAGUCAUUACAAAUGAGAAUAAAGUUGUAAUAAAAUCAUUACUUACAAGAAUAAAGUCGUAAUAAAAUCAUUAUUCAUGAUAAUAAAGUCAUUACUUAUGAGAAUAAAGUCAUUUCAAACGAGAUUAAAGUUCUAAUAAAAUCAUUACCUAUGAGAAUAAAGUCAUAAUAAAAUCAUUACUUAUGGGAAUAGUGGUAAUAAAAUUAUUACUUAUGAGAAUAAAGUUGUAAUUAAAUUAUUACUUACGAAAAUAAAGUCGUGAUAAAGUAAUUACUUAGGAGAAUAAAGUCGUAAUAAAAUCAUGAUGAUACUUAUAAUAAUGUGGUGCUGAUGAGCCAAAAUAUUAAGUAUCUCCUUGUUUGAGAAACAUAUAUUGAAGUACAUUUUCACGAAAUGCUCCAUGGCUUUUAUUUCAACAACUAUUAUAUUAAACAACAGGUUAGAAUAUAAGGACUUCAUUCUGACUUUAUUCUCGUAGGUAAUGAUUUAAAUAUGACUUUAUUCUCAUUUGAAAUGACUUUAUUCUUGUAAAUUAACAACUUAAAUCUCAAAGUCUUCAUUUUUUUUUCUUAAUGUGGCCUUAAUGCUCCAUUGAAAUUGUAAAUUAACCCCCUAACAUUGUUCUGGACACAAAGAGGUAGCAAAAACAUCUUUAUGUACUCCAGUGGUGAUCAGUUUAUAUUAAAUUAAUGUUGUUUUUUUUCUGUCAAUCACAGGAUUAUUAUAUGAUGGGCUCUAACAUUUGCGUUAUAAAAACAAAUAAAACAUACAGUUAAAGGGUUACCUCAAUAAAUGGCUCAUUUGAAAGUAUUAGGAGUGUUUUAAAAUUGGUGGAGUUGUAGCAUCAGCGCAGAUUUAAACAGUAAAAGAACAGAGAGUCAGCUUGCCUCCUUCCCCUCUCUGCAGUUUUCUUUAUGUCCAGUGUCUUUCCUCACCCUGUGUGUCCUCUAAUCCAUCUCAUUACUCUGAUCUUUCUCUGUAUCAUUUAAAGAUGCUAUCAGUGCCGUUUAAAGGGAAAAACACGCCGCUCGUAUCUUCACAUCUAAAGAGGUUGAAAGCCAAUUGGCUGUAUUAACUGCAGACGCCCACAUCAAUACUGAACACGCCUCCUAUCUUCUCCGAGAGCAGAGCUGAUUCAUUAGUUCAGGGAGAUAAAAAACACAGCAGAGGACGUGCUGACGGGUGGUUCAUUCCUACACACACACACACACACACACACACACACACACACACACACACACAAUGAAGCUGAAAAUGAUGGAGUAUUUUUAGCAGACAAGGACCUUUCAGAUCAGUUUAGGGAAUUUAUCGUAAAAUUGGCACUCUGUGUAAAAUGUCGAUGAACAGAAUCUGAUUGUCUGCAAAUCAUUUGAACUUUUUUGGUUAGUAAAGUACAUUAGACUUAAAAAUCAUGAUAAUUUAAAUAAACUGGAGAACUAACAGUGUAAAAGUAAUAAAUGGCUGCUGCGCUGUUCAAAGGAAUAACUUUUGAGACACGUUGACUUUGGUGAACAUGACUCCACUUCAGUAAAGUCGUAGAGAAAGACAUUGUUCCUUCGUUGGUCUGUCAUCACUGCUUGGCUGGUCUUAUUGAUAACAGCUGAUUGACAGUUUAACAACCACAGUAAAUGGGGAGUUGAGGUGUUGGACAGAGUAACAACUAAAAACUGUAACUCUCAGACUCAACUGGACCAGAGCCAUUAAAGACACGGACUUGGCAGGUGGUGCUGGCUGGAUUUUUAAUGACUUUGAGUCCACAUUUAAAACUAACAACCUUAUGUUACCCUGCAGGAGGUUUGUGGUGUGGUACAAACCGUGAAAAUGAAAUAGAAGGACGCAGAGGCGGAAAGUGAAAUCAGUGAGUCAGAUUUGGUACGCUGAGAUUUCAACCUUUUACAAAAUCAAAGCGACGCUGUAGCGGCUAAUGAAUCCAUUAACCUUCACAUUCAGCAGAGAGAUUUCACCUCUUAACUCUGCAGAAGCAGCUCUCCAUCCUGGACUCUGGCUUCUGUGUAGCAGGUUUUUGGCCCGCAUCAUUUAAAGUGACAGCUGACUGACAGUUUGUGGGUUUGACAUAAUAUGAGCAUGAGCAGGUGGGUGACAGAAGCAGUCCUAGACCUGCUGUCACUGUUCGUGCUGUUUGGCUGCAGAGAGCGGGACACUCAGAUACCGAGCUGGCAGGAAGUACGCAUCAUAACAAGAAUCGCAAUGAGAAUCAAUCUGAGCUACGGCAUUAAAACAAAUACUGCUGCAGGUGUUUACUGUACUGUGACCUGUUCUUUAAAAAAUGACCCCAGGCCACCCCUCAACUAAAGGAGCAUGAGUCUUAUUAGGUGAAUGUGUAGAGUUCUUUCUUUAUUAGUAAACUGCAGGAGAACUGACCACCUUCAGGGAAUGGAUUUGCUAGUGGACGACAAAGCGAGAGCGUGUUUAGAGCAUAUUUACCUCAGUCAUUCAGACUGCAUUCACGAACUGUUAAAGGGAUAUUUCAGUCAUUUUGAAGUGAGGUUUUAGCCACAUUUGAUGUUGAUCAGCUCGGUCCCUUUAAAGAAAAAUGGUCUAGAGAGCUGACAUGCAAGCUAGGUGACAGUUUUCUGUAGAUAAGGUGUCUUUGACAUGCAAUUUUGCUCAUUUUGAGAGACUCUGAGCCCAAAACUCAUCUUUGUUUUAGUGUUUGCUCUACUGAAAAAAAAUUCAGCUCUUGACCAUCAUCACCUCUGGAUCUUUGGGAAUUAAAAUACAGCAGUUCGCACAAGGCUGCAGUCUGCAACUAUCACCAACUAGAGUCCACGGCUGUACUGAACACUCAGGGCCUGAUCUACUAAGAUCCAAAAUAGUGAGCGCUAAAUUGCUUGCCAAACUAAAAAAUUGCAUGUGCUAUUAGUGGGCGUGUUGCGGGUAGUCUACUAUCAUUGUGUGCGCAAUUGAUGUGCAAAAGUGGUGCGGGCCGCCCUCUUUAAACAAGGAUUUUGUGUGCGCUAUCAGCUGUCACCAUGGAGUUGCAAAUAUCGUUUUAGGGAUCUGCAUAAAAGGCAAAGGAAGUAUGUUUGUGUAGCUUAAUUCAUACACAAGGCAACGCAAAGUGCUUUUCAGAUGCAAGAUAUAAUGGAAUUAAAAAAUGGGAUUAAAACGAUUUAAAAUCAAUAAGACAGACAUAUUCUUUCUGUCUGUUCUGUUUUUGACCUUAUUAUUCAUGAAAAUCGUAAUUUACCAGAAAAAUGAAAUCAAUCACAAGCUUUUGGACAAGAAUCAUGGUGUCUAUCAUGGCACUUCUGCCUCCUUCUCCCCACAAUGACUGUGCGAAAUGCUGUGCCAGUUUGCACGUGCCUUUCAAACGCGCUAAACGUAGACGCAAAACAGCGACCGCAAUUGGUUUCCGGGUUUGAUAAAUCACCUUGCGGUCGCUAAAUGAUUCAAUUUGCAUCUGCUCCUCCCAGAAUUUUGCGCGUUCUGAUGAUCUACAUACAUUCUGCAUAUUCUUGCGCUGUUUUGCUCAUUUGACAGACGCAAUCCUCAGUGCACCUGGUUAGUAUAUCAGGUUUGCAUGCGCUAUCAAGUUUGCACGUGUUUUUGCAAACGCAAACCUUUAGUAGAUCAGGCCCUUAGUGCCAAUGUUUACCGACUUUCUUCAACAUUCAGGAGUUUAAUCUCUGUGUUUUUUUUUAACGGCAUAAUUACACAACCCAUGCUUGGGAUUUAUGAAGUACUGAAAAACUAAGUAAGUUGAAAGUUUGGGUCAGAGUCUCGCCAACUUUACUAAUUUAUGCAGCAGAAAACUGUUGCCUAGUUUGCUUGCCGGCUCUUCUGGAAGGUUCUCAUUAAAGGGUUGAGAUGACUGGCAUCCAUUGUGGCUAAAACACUCAUUUAUAACUUCAUAACUUAUCAUGUGGAUCGGAAGAGUAAUGGUGUAGCACCAUGAUAAGUUCACUUGGAGACAAAGAUCUCAAUGGUUAUCUGUAGACAAACAGGUUAAAUGCCACAGAGGACAUUUCUUUCUUCUAUGAAUUUGAUUAAAUUGAGAAAAAGAUACUUGUCAUGUAUAAAAACUUAAGACAUGUCUCAGUAGAAUAUCCCAAAUAUGCUGAUUUCUUUUGGAUGGAUGAUAAAGACAAACUUUAGCUGUGCUUUGAAGGAAGAUCUUAACUGCAGGGGUUUUUGUUCUGCAGUCUUCGAGGAGAAAAGGGCAGAUAAAAUGUUUAAGACUGUAAAAGGCACAUGCAACUCUGAAAUGACUCUAUAAUAACCAUUAUUGUAUCUCCGCUGUCUUGUAAACCCUUGAUGGUAGAGCACUUUGUGUGCGUGGCUUCUAAAUAAAUAUAAUUAUCGUCAAUUUAGUGUCUCACGCCUGAGUAAAUGAUGUUAUAAUUGUUUCCCCCUGACUCUGUAGGUCAGUGAUGUCGCAUACAUGAAUAAAGCAUGAAAAUAAAAGCCAAAUGAACAACAACAACAAAGAUCAGAGAAAAACGACAGAGAGAGGAGAUUAUGAAGUAUUAAAGGAGUGACAAGAGCAGGUUUAAAGGGAAAUUACGUCAUUUUUAAUCUGACUUUUGCACUGAAAGGAAAAUAAAGAUGAAUUCUCGAUAUGAGGAGCACCAAAACUUUUUCCUGGUGAUGUUUUUGGAGCCAGAGUUGAGUCAAAGAUCCCUCAGGUGGGUCCAGUCCACAUCAGAAUGAGGUCUAGUAUCUGCAGCAGUCUGAACAGUUCUUCCUGUUCACAUUUCUCUCUCACUAAUACGUGUUGCAGAUUGUCGCAUCUUAUCAGUCACCACACUCAACUCAAAUCAGUUGCAAACUUAUUUUUAGCGUGCUCCAAAACAAAAACAACUCCAGACGCGACAUUACAGGACGAAGGCUGCUUUAAGGUCACAAACAAACAAACAAACAAACUGCAGCUCUGCCCCCAGGAAGCUUCAUCCCACACCUCACAGUCAGCUAAACAGUCAGUUCAGCUCAUUUACGUGGUCCACAUCAUUAAACCCAAAAUAAAACUAAAACCUCAGUGUGCAGUUUGAUGGGACAGGUUUGCUCUGUAAACAUUUAUCAUUUAUGGUGUUUACUUUACAAUCCAAAAGUGCAGAUCAUAAAGUGAGAUUGAUGAAGAUGUCUGCAGAGGAGGAGGCUGCCGUGAGUUAUUGACGAUGAUGAUUUAUUUUCCUGCAGGAGGUGAUAUCAGUGCACUGGGGCUUUUAUUUUGAAGGGACAAGAGGAGACGUAGAUGAAAUACAAGAGAGUCUCAAAGGACACAGGUUUAUUUCAGGACUUUAGGAGAGAAAGUGGACUUAAACUUGUUCAUGUGGUGCAAAAUUGGAAUCCUAAGCCAAUCCAGUGCCCCAAAUUUUUCAGAUACAGUGCAUCAGUGCCGUUUUACCGAGGGGACAGGACAGCUGAUAAAGUAGGAGAGUGUGGAGAGUGACAUGCAAUGUUCAAAAGGCCAAUUCGGCACUACACAGUUCAUCUCUGCAGCUUCAAACUGAACCAUGAAAAGAGGAAACCAGAUAGAAACAGGAUCCAGAAACACCAGGGACUUCCCUUUGACAUUUUUGAGGGGAAAUCAUGGACUCUGCAUCCUCCUCUCUAAACAGUAGAGGGACCACCCAGCUUGUUUUCAGCUCCCAGUCCAAAUCCAGUGUCCUUGAUGGUAUGGGGAUCAUCAGAGUCCAUGUCAUAGGUAGCUACCACAUCUGUGAAGGCUCCAUGAAUGCUGAACAAUAUCUACAGGUUUAGAGGACCUUAAUAUUUCCGCAGGACAAUGACAAUCCACAAUCUGCAGGGAUUACAACAGCAUGGCUCUGUAGUAGAAGAGUCCUGCUGAUUAACCGGUCUUCCUGCAGUCCUGACCCUGAACUGUUGAGCAGCCGAAAUCCUCUGUCAGGCAAGAAAACAACAUUUCACUUUUAGACUCCAGAACCUGGUCUGCUGAGUUUAAUAAUGUAUGAGUGUUGAUAUUGAUAUUAUUUGUGAAACGUUAAAAUCUGUUUAUAUUAACAUUUUCACAACAGUCCAAUCUGUUGGCAAUUUAUUUGUAUAAAUUGGCUUUCUUAUCACUAUCACUUCUUGUUCAAAUACAAGAAGAACCAUUUUCAGUAUUGAUGUUGAGAUGCCUUUGAAGAGCCAAUUUUAAGCUACACACUUGUUAAGAUGUAUUUCAAGGGAAGAAAAAAUGCAUUUGUGUCAGUGGGGUUCAUAUUUAUUCAUCAGUUUAAUAAACUGCAUGAAUUUGGGAAACAUACAGUCUUAUAUGAACCUAAAAAUAGACUAAAUGGUUGACUGAGUCAAAUGUGCAAUCAUAAACAGUUACUUCACGACCAAAACAGCAACAGCAGACGACAACAUGUACAGUGACAGUCGACACAAAUAGAGCGCAGCAGUUGUUUCUCUGCCUCUGUUUUAAAACCAAGACAGCACUUCAUGUUUAUUCAUGAAACCUCCACAAAAGAAAAGCUUUCAGCUACUCUCAGUCUGUAGAAAUAAGCUCUGUGUGUGUGUGUGUGUGUGUGUGUGUGUGUGUGUGUGUGUGUGUGUGUGUGUGUGUGUGUGUGUGUGUGUGCGCGCGUGUGAGAGAGAUUUUAAUUUCCUCCUCAUUUCCUUUCACAAUGAAACUCAAUAAAUGUAUCUGUUUAUUUGACUUUUACUACUUUUAUCAGCCUGUUUUUCUCUGUUUAUCGCAAAGUUUAUUAGAUUAGCUUGUCCAUAAGAGAAAAGGUGAAGUUGUUUAAAUUUAGUUAGUAUUGGUGCUAUUAUAACCCCCACCCCCCGACAAAAAUCGGCAUAUUUGUGAAUUUUUCUGGGUUUGCUAAGAUCCUGAGAUGCUCUUCAAACAGGUUGAGCUGUUUAUCUAACCGCCGUGUUUGGUGCUGCAGUCUCAGCAGGUGAAGACAGCGCUGCUCUCUUUGAUCCUGUGCAGCUUUUGUGUGUCUUUAUUCACGCUUUGAUCCGCUUGUUAAUACACACAGACUCUCAAAUAUCAGCACAUGAAGCACAGAACCUUUAAAAGCCUCCACUCUCCAUUAACAAGCGAAGAGAUCCUUUAAAACUGACACCAUUUUUAGGUGUUUAGGACUUGUUCUCAGCUGUAGUUUGUCUGCAGUUUAAUCCCUUUAGCUUCAUCUACAUACAGAGAUACUGAAACUCAUUUUGUUCUUGGAGAUGUAGCUGUGAGUGUAUCACUAAGAUCACGACUGAUGUGGAGUUUAUGUGGUUAAUGAAGCAGCGUAUUUUAUCUCUAUAUCUGUGUAUACGUUUACUGAAUGUGAGGUGCCACAAGGCUCCAUCCUGGGACCUUUAUUUUUUCUAUAUAACAAGGAUAUAUGCAUGACCUCAUCUAAAGCACUUUUUAAUUUUUCUUUAUAUGAAUGCCAUCAAUGUUGAAAUGAUGUCCAAAAGCAUGUUAUUAGUUUCGAGCAAUGUUUUUGUUUUGCUCAUCAGAUGGAGAGAAAUACAGAGUUUGCGGACCAUUUUGGGUGAUGGAAGUGUUCUGAUUUCUAUUCAUGGCGCUGAUUGUAUCAAUGUGCAAAUCUGUUAAUGGAGAAUAUUGAAAGAGUGACAGCUAAAAUGUAGCCUGAAGUGCUUUGGGUUGUUUGCAGGGAAUAAAAGUGCUCACUAAAUGCAGUCCAUUACAUGUUUCUACGACAGGCUGCUGAUUCAUGCUACACUCCUCUGUUUCCUCUUUACAGGUUCAAUUAUUACUUUUAUUCAGUCUGAUGUUCAACUGUGGUGAUGUUUCUGAAAAGCACAAACACACUAAAUUGCUUUCCACAUGAAAGAGUCCAACCAGUGCUUGAUUGUACAGCCUAACCCCAGCGGAGGUUCAGACCUCCUACACAGGCUCUGCCUUCCCCACACUUUUUAAAACAUGUCGUGCAUUUAACAAAACAGAAAUGCAAAAGUUCAACAAAACUUUAACAAAGCCCAAUAUUUAAAAAAGUCCAACAUAGGGAAUCAUGGGAAAACCUUUUAAGAACUCAGGGAAGAGGAGCGUCAAUGCACAAACAGUCAGUGAAUUUACAUGCACAGCUUAAUCGGAUUAAGCUCAUAAUUCGUUUUUUUUCCCCACCGAAUCGGACUUCUCUCCUUGUCCGCGUACACACGCAGCUGAGAAAAUAGUGUUAUUGAUGUGAACGUGUCCUCCUCCCCGCUCUUUUCAGUCUGUGCCAGACGUCAGAAGUGGCUACAACUGCUACCGGGCAUUUUGGAACAAGAAGAUGGGGCAUCGUACAGCGUUGUUUUUGUCGUACAUGAUGUACGCACUACUUUUUCUGCAGAUGAGAUGCAUGCUACUCCUCUUCUCCGGCGUUUUUGCUCAGGGGUUGUGGGGGCAUGGUGCACGCACACAUGCAUUGUCCAAUCAUACUCCAACUACGCUGGUUACAUGGUAGAGAAAAUUAAAUUCCAAUCACAUUAUCUGGGUGUCUUAAUCAGAGUUCUUCAACUCCAAUCAGAGAACUCAAACUCUGAUUAUAGUCGGACUAAGGUGAUUAAAUGCACUUCAGUUGUCCGGUUUUAAUCAGAGUAAGGCAAUAAUUCGUUUUUCUCAAGUGACAUGUAAACGUACUGACUGAGACGAAACAGUGACAGAGGCAAACAAACAGGUGAGACCAAAGAGGGUAGUCAAAGUAGAGCUGAAGGUAAAGGUUUACUUUACUUCUCCCUCUUCAAGAAUGGGUUUGACCCAAAUACUGUAUUCUCCUCACUCAGGGUCUACCUCCCUCAGACCCCAUUUUCUCCUCCUCCUCUCUAUACCUUCAUGAAAUUAGGUGAGUAGGGGGAGGCAGAGCAAACAUCCCUAGUUCAGAAAACCAGAACUCACUAUAAAGUCUCUGACUCUGAGGUUGUUUGGGCCUCAAAUGAGAAAACACAGAUGAGAGAUGCAAACUUGUAAACCCUGUCGAUACGCCGGCUCUCAUUGCUUCUUCUGUAUCCAUGUUUGGUUGCCAUGUUUCUGGGGUAGUCUGGGUUCAUUGUGAUCCCUGGUUGGCUUUGUAUCUACAGUGUGUAGUCGAAGCACUGAGGGAACACAUUCAAGAGGGGGGAUGGGGGUUUUCAUACAUGUGAGUGUCUUGUGUUUAUUUUGAAUUAACUUUGGGGUACUUCCUAUUAUAGCUACUUAAUCUUCUUGAUACUCUUCGAGCAUGUUAUCCGAGCACAUUGACCUCCUCAGUCGUUCUUUUAUGAACAAUACUGUCUGCACAUAUACUGUGUAUGAAUUGAUCAUAUGUUCUGGUGGUCCGUUGCAUCUUUGUGAACAGGACUUCUUUACUAGUUCAUAUCAGUUACAUCGACAGACUCUCCAGAUGAUGUCCUUGAUUUCAUUGUGUAUUAGCAGUGGACAGACUCUGAUUAAGAUGCUAAUUAUUUUGUGUUAGUUCAGACAACGAAGGGUAACAUCGUGACAUAACCUCCUUUCACACACUUAUAGUGACACCACAAUUUAUUCCCAUCUCCUGAAACAGGACUCACUUCAGGGAGUCCUGUUCCAGACGGCAAUUUGAUAAAAGAGUUUAUGAUUCCUGUCUGGCACCACUAAAAACUCAGUUUAACAGAUAACUCCAAAAGGUCAUAAAUCCCGCCUCCUCCAGCCAUCCUUAUGGCGCUGUGGACAAACUCUGAAAAUUUAUUACACAGAAUAUGAAUUUUUCUCCCCCCAGUUGCGAUGUUGACAUGUAGUUACUGUCAGACUGGUUUCUGCUCAAGUCCUCUUUUUUUCUGUACAGCUCCAUUUUUAAAAGUUAUUUGGGGGUUCAUGUUUUCUAUAAUUGACACUUGUUACAUCCUAUGGCCGUGGGGGAUACGCUGUUUGAGCCGAGCGACAUCACAGCGACUCUCCCGCCGAAUAUGUGCAAUGCUACUGCGCAAGUGGUGGAGCGCAUACAACGCUACUGCGCAAUUUUGGUUUUAAGAAAUGGAGAAAAAACGUGGAAAUGCCCAGAGCUUUUCGGCUUCAAGUCCAUAUACUGGUGGAAGGCGGAACCAAGUUGUUCAUAGUAUAUACAGUCUAUGGUCGCCAUCUUGCAGAGCCAUGUUCCAACAUUAACCUUUAACCUCUGCUGACAGAGGGUUUUUUUACAUCUUGAGGACCCAGCGCUUCGGCUAAAGUAGUGAGCAUGUGAGGUGUUGGUCAUGAACAACACGACUUUGAGAGCCAGCUCAGGACCAACAGGAUCCUGAAAGAGCUGGUUAAUGCUAAACUGGAUCACUAACAGAACCCGGAUUUCAUCUGUAGGAUUUCAGAUAGAGGUUUUUUUUAACUGAGAAGGAGGACAGAUCUAAUACCUCCACUGACAAAAGCAGAUAAAUCACAAAAAAGACUUGAGCAGCCUUUGUAGAUUUGAAGUAAUCCAUGGAUCCAGGUCUGAGUCUUUGUUGAAGGAGUUUAUUUCUGGAUGAACGGUUUUCUUUCUUUGUGAAAAAGUUCGCAGAGUUGUGUAAAUGAACAUGCAUUAACUUUCAUGCUAUCAAGAUGAUUAUCGGCCUCAUUUUUGUUGUAAACAACUUCAGAGACAUUAAACUCCUAAACAGACGAGCUGCCCUCAUAACCGCUGAGAUUUGGCCGACAGUCAAUUUUAUUUUCGUAUAUUUUCCACUCUUAUUUAUGGCGCUGUCUAAAGCCCAUCUGGUCGCUGACAGAUUGGGACUUUGUCGUUAUACAAAUAUUUACUUCCUUGUUGAUCUUCUGUUUUCAUCUCACUCCUCUUUUUUGAUAGAUUGUGUAUUAUUUUUAGUCAGCCAAUUCUUCAUCACAAACUUCAUAUCUUGUCCCUGUCAGGACGUCAGUACGGCUUGAUUUGUUUUCUUUUCAAUGAUGAGAAGUAAAGGAAAAAGAACCGGAGCGAGGUUUAACAGUGUGAUUGAUGCAUAGUAAUAUCGGAGGGAGUCUUUCACACAAAACCCUGAAAGAAAACUUCAUCAUCCCCCAAACAGAAGCUGUUUUUCAUCCAGAAACCUGACAAGAGUUUUCCAACAUCUGGAGCAAAACAGAAAAAUGACAACUUGACGUGUGAGCGCUCCACACUCACCUUCGGAGUCGAUCCGUCUCAGACAUGUCUGAUGAGAGCUGGCAGGCUACAAAUCCCAGGUGGCUUUUCAGGUGUCCUCUUCUGUGACAGAGAAAGGGUUUCAUGGCGCUGCAGGAGAAGUCAGGCCAUUUAUCUUCAUCAGCUGAUGAGGAGCUCGAUUACAGACGUCUGGAAACACUCGCUACUCUGGAGGUGGCUGCAGGUGUGUGUACUAAACACAUAUUAAGAAUCGUAAUGUGUGUUCAGUACAUCUUAAUUUAACAUGCAUAAAAGAAUAUGCAUGCAUACAUACCUUUGGAGAUGAAUGCACACAUACACGCAGUUUUUCACACUCAAUUUCACACAAUCCAGCCCUCAGGAUGAGAGGUGGCUGCAGCUGCAAGCGUCUAAGAGGAUGUUGGGAGAAACGCCAAACUCUGGCAGCGAAUCAGAGCAAACAGGAAUCCGCAGCAGAGGCAAAGCGACUCCUGAUCCAUUGUCUUGGGGGUCUGCAGAACUUAACUUUGUGUUAUUGUUUAAAAAUGGACUCUUUCCUGUCUUUGAGAGAGGAGUCAGUCAAGGUGAGAAGCCGCCGGCUGCUGUUGAACUUAAUGAAGAGCUCUUAAGUUCCAGCUUAUCAUCAUUAGGCAGAUUUUAAUUAAUUAAGCAAGUGUUCAUUGUGAAUAUUGUCCUGCAAAUAUUCUCCACAGCCACACAAUCCCAAACCAAGCUGGAAUAAUCGUCUCAUUGUGUGCAAAUUAGCAUCUGCUGCUGUCAAACCAGGUUUCACAGAAAUUUUACAGCAUCAAAUCCCUAUAUCAGAAACAAUAGUUUGGCCAUAUUUCAGCUCAACAUCCAGUCUGAGGUUAUUUGCAUGAAGUCUAGAGCCAUUCAUUACUUUUAUACAGCGUGUCAGCCUUUGCAGUAACAUGUCUUUAUAUCCAGUCUCAAUCAGGACUAGCAGCAGGACUCUUCUACUACAGAGCCAUGCUGUUGUAAUCCCUGCAGAAUGUGGUUUAUCAUUGUCUUACUGAAAUAUGAAGGUCUUCCCUGAAAAAGCCUGUGACAUGGACUCUGAUGGUCCCCAUACCAGAAGGUAGGGCUGGAUGAUAAACUGAAAAUUUACAGAUACUGAAAUUUACGACAGUAACCGACGUCAUUCUGCUCAUGUCAAUAUAUUUGGUGUCAAAUAAAUAAAAGUUGGUUUGAAUGUGUGUAGGUAGGCUAUGGUCUCAUGUCCCUUUAAGAACUCAGGGCCGCAGAGAACGUUCAUAUUUUUAAGAGCAGGCUCAAGACCCACCGUUUUAGCUUAGCUUUUAAUUGAUAUUUGUUUUAUCUUCAUUUAUUCUAGUUAGAUUAGGUUUAUUUUAGGCCUGUGUUUUAUUCAUAUUUUAGUCUUUACUUGAUCUAUCCUUUUAUCAUUUUUAGGACCCCCAGUGUUUCCUCUGAGGGAGCCCUCGGCACCGGGAGCGGUGGCUGCUUGUGGUCGCGGGGGCCGGCCACGGGGUUCCUGGUGGAGGUUGCUGUCGGACACAUCCCUCCACUGGCCCCAUGUCGGUGUCCUGUGGCUGCGAGCAGCUCUCUGCUCCUGGUGCUGAUGGCUAUUCUGAUGACACUUUGAGUCACAUUCAUGUAGGAAAAGCGCUUUAUAAAUAAAGUUUGAUUUGAUUUGAUUCAAGACAAAGUCCUAAAUCGGAGACGUGACUCCACCCCAUCCAGUCCAUAGCAAAGAGGGAAUGACAGGUGAGGAGAUGGAGGACGGUUCAAGAGUUGUAGUGGCUGGAGCGGCGGUUGAAGUAGACCAAGUUAGUUUGGGAGGGGGUGAGCAGCUUGUGGAGUAGUUAUCGUCCAUUUAUCGUUAUCGAGGUGAACUGCUCAAUAUAUCAUGAUAUUAAUUUGAGGCCAUAUCGUCCAGCCCUACUAUAAGGGAUGCUGGCUUUGGACUGGGAGCUCAUAAUAAUAAUAUAGGUGAUGCUGCUCCUCUUUAGAUAAGAGGACGUAACGAGUCUAGAACAUGUGAAACGGUCUGUUACUUGAUGAGCUGAUGCACAAUUUUAACCUUUUUCAGACCGAUCUGAUUCACUGAGAUUCACCAAAGUCUCUCUGGCCUCUUCAGAGCUUUUAUUAAUGACAUCUCUUUAUAUUCACUUUAAGCUUUAGUUUAUUCUAAGGAUGGAUUUAAAAGCAAUGUAGCAUUUGUUUGCUUUGUUUUCUGAAAAGCCAUUCAUCAGUCUCCCAUCAGGAGUGCAUCCACUCAGAGAGCAGGUCUGACAUGUCAGACGUGCCGGACACUAAAGAGCACUUUGAAAAACACGGUUAGAAUUCGUGUGUUUGUGUUGUUGAAUCUUUACGUGCAGAGAGGACUGACCCUUGCGAAGCGCUGGAGUGACACCGCUGACCUUUUUCAGAUGUUUCUGACAACCUCUCAGAUUCAGACUGACAGGGCCAAACCCCCGUCUGUUACUCUGUGGUAACCUGUUUUUUAAACGGCACACAAUCAGUCCAUUUUCUCCUCUACCAUCCGUCUCUUUCCUCAUUUACACCCCUUAUUGAUGUAAAUUAGAGGAAACGUUUUGUUUAUUGUCCUCAUGGGAAUAAAAGUAUUGAACCUGUCCAAGCUUGAUUUCAUUUUUCUUCUUAAUUACAGAUACUGCAGAUAGUCUGACUAACUUUUCAGUCUUUCCAAUGACUGAUUAAUGUUUGAAGUGUUUUUUGCAUAUAAAAAUGAAUAAAUUAACCAUCAGGUACAUAAUGUUUUCAGUCUGAAGAAGACUGUCACAGUUGUAUAAACCCUCCUUGUCAUACUCUAUUCAGAUAAGGAGGUCAUAUUACAUAUUGGAUCAACAGUACACAAUGCAAAUGUAAGGAAGAAGCACACAAAGGUUUCAUUGUGGAUUACUCCAAGUGCCGGGGCUCGAUCAAGCCCUUUAUCUGCCCCUGUACAUGUAACUGAAUGUACAUUUACGUAUUUUAAACUCUCCUUCUGCAGAUGGAGACGAGGAAGCGUCUGGCGAAAAUCGUGUUGGUCUUCGUGGGCCUGUUCGCCCUCUGCUGGUUCCCGAACCACGUGCUCUACAUGUACCGCUCCUUCCAUUACCAUCAGAUGGACCUGUCUCUGGCUCACCUGGUCAUCACUCUCCUGGCCAGAGUCCUCAGCUUCUCCUCGUCCUGUGUCAACCCCUUCGCCCUCUACCUGCUGAGCGAAAGUUUCCGCAGACACUUCAACAGGUCGGAGCGCUUAUUUUGAAAUAUUCUCAACUAUAUAACCAAAACAACAACGGAGUAUUAGGGCCACGUUAAGAAAAAAUAAUAAAGAGAUUUCGAGAUUAAAGUCGUUAAUUUAUGAGAAUAAAGUCAUUACUAACAAGAAUAAAGUCGUAAUAAAGUAAUUACUUAUGAGAAUUAAGUCCUUGUAUUCUAACCUGCUGUUUACGAUGACAGUUGUUAAAAUGAGAGCCAUGGAGCAUUUUGUGAAAAUGUACUUUAAUAAAGGUUUCUCAAACAAGGAGAUACUUAAUCUUUUGGCACAUCAGCACCACAUUAUCAUAAGUAUCAUAAUUACUUUAUCAUGAUUUUAUUCUCGUUAGUAAUGACUUUAUUCACGCAUGUUAACAACUUUAAUCUCAAAAUCUUACUUUUUUUUUUAAUGCGGCCCUAAUUCGCUGUCGUACAUUACCAGUGUAAGCCUGCGAACAAACAUGCCUCUGAUAGAAAGUAAAGGAUAGGACCUAAAUGCAGUCUGCAGUCUUGGAGCUACUGCUGGAACAGAUGGUUUGUGCAAAGACAGACUAUCACAGGAAAUCCAGGAACACAAAGACGAAUGACACCAGAAAAGAGGCCAAAAAGGCGCAAGUUAGACAAACUUAACAAAGUUUAGCCCUCAAUCUGUCUCCAAUCUAUCUGCGGCUCCACUGUGCAAAGGAUCGUGUGCCAAAACCACUAAGAGUAAUGAAAAAAUGAAAAAGAAUUAGGUUAUUGGGGAAAUGCACCAGAAACUGGAAAGUGAAUUAUCUUUUCUCUAGUUUUGACUCCUUCAGACAUCACCCUGAGCAUGCAUGCUGUUCCAACUCCAACUGGCUCUGUUUUUGGCGCUGGCAGCAAUUUUAAUUUUCUACUCAGUCUAAAUGCAACUCUGCAUUUUCAGCACAGAGCGUUUGAGCUGUGAAACACCCUCAGCACCAUCUGAUUUUUGUCGCUUUACUAUUAUCGUGGCACUCCUGACCAAUCAGAAUCAGCGAUGGCAAGACUUCUGAUAACGCCUGCGUUACCAGCAAUGGCACCUCUGGAGAUGCUACGAAUGCUAGAACACGAUUUAUGAAUUAUUAAAGCUUGUCUUGUAAAAAGAUGUUAAAUUAAAGCUGUUUUGAAGCACAUGCACAGUUGGGAAAUAUGCCUAACAGUCAGUACUUUGAGACGACUGAGCGAGCUGCUGCUUUUGAUGAUGGUGGAUCUUCUUGGGCAUGCUCACAAACACAUCCUGUUUCUGUCAAAGUUGAGGAAUCACACUGAAAUAAAACAGAGAGGGAAGGCUAAUAAAACACCAGAGAAAGAUCACUGAGGCAGCAGAGAAACUUCAUACAUGUUAAAUAUGUGUGAAUAAGUUGUAUGCAGCUCAUGCGUGAUAGAGCCCAGUUUCCACAACCGAGGAUCAGACUGCCAAGGCCCCCACCUUGGUCCGCCGCCCAAUCCGUCCAGCACCCGACCCUUCAAGUCUCCUCUCGAGCUCUCGAUCUACUGGUCGAUCUACGUGCCGACUCUCACCUAUGGCCAUGAACUUGGGUAAUGACUAGGGCUGUCAAUCAAUUAAAAUAUUUCAUCGCGAUUAAUCGAAUUUUGAUCAUAAUUAAUCAUGAUUAAUCGCAAAUUGAUCGCAUAUUUUUGAUCCAUUCUAAAUCGAUCUUUUUCAAAUUGUAAUACUUUUAUCAACAUGAGAAUCAACACGAGAACAAAUCGUGGAUUUUCGUGGAUGCGAUUUGUAUGAUUUCGCAGACCAACGUCCUAUACAAUGCUAAUCGGCCGACAAGCGGUAGCCACCCUUUUAGCGAUCGCUGUUUCAAGUUUGCGUUUAGUAGAGCUCUCAAUCUGUUUACCUUGCACAUUCAGCGUUGUUUGCUUGAGGCAGGGGGACGCGGGGCUCUCUGCAUCAGCUGUUUGCUUGGCCGACAAGUCAUAUUUGAGACUGGACGUACUCUGGUGGUAACUAAAUUCAGCUCGGCAGGAAACACAAAUGACUUUUGUCCUGUCAAGAGAGCCAUCUGGCAAGGCUUUGUAGCUGAACUCUCCGUUCAAAAUAGUGUUCUUAUCCAUUAUAUCCUAGUUACUGCUCACAGGGAUUUGUUUAUGUCUGCCGCGGUAUCAGUCAGUGCACUACUUCCUGAUUCGCGAAACUACGGAGUGCCCCGAGGCUCACAUAGCCUGGACACCUCACCAACUGUUCAUCUACAACGGCAAGAAUAUCCACGCAGUGUGUGUAUAGUUUGGUCAAGCCAGGCUAAGGCUUAAUCGUGCGUCAAAAAAAUUAGUGGCGAUAAAAGUCACUCGAGUUAACACGACAAUAACGCGUUAACUUUGACAGCCUUAGUAAUGACCGAAAGAACAAGAUCGCGGAUACAAGCGGCCGAAAUGGGUUUCCUUCGCAGGGUGGCCGGGCUCAGCCUUAGAGAUAGGGUAAGGAGCUCGGACACUCGGGAGGCGCUCAGAGUAGAACCGCUGCUCCUCCACGUCGAGAGGAGUCAGCUGAGGUGGCUCGGGCAUCUGGUUAGGAUGCCUUCUGGACGCCUCCCGUUAGAGGAGAUCUCAUGGCCAGCCCAGGACCAGGUGGAGGGAUUAUAUCUCUCGCCUGGCCUGGGAGCGCCUGGGAAUCCCCCCGGGAGGAGCUGGUGGAAGUGGCCGGGGUGAGGGCCGUCUGGGCUUCCCAACUGAAGCCCCCAGGACCCGGACGAGGCAGAAGAAAACGAACGAACAGACAGACAGUAUAUUGUUUUUUCCCACUUGGGUGCAAAUUGUUUUGUGCUCUAAACAAGCGUGCGUUUAGACCAUGCAGGGAGAAAAGAAAGUACAGCAUCCCUGAGAUGAGCUGCUUCUAUCAUCAAAGAUAUAGAAACGUGCAGAGUACGGCUGCUCGAACAUCUGAUUUCCUCAUUGAUUGUGUGCAAAUAAAUAUGUUUGUCUAAAAUGGGUAAAAACUAGAAAAAAAAAAUGGUGAGCCUGGGACAUUCUGCUGCUCAGACUUGGCACAGUGCUGCUGUUUGGCUCGCUGCAGAGGACACUGUCACAGCAAAUAAAGAUUUAUCAGUAAGAAACAAGUUUAGGGAGAGUAAUUUCAUUUUAAACAUAAAUGGAUCCAUAAACUCUUCCCCAAAAUGAAAUAAUCACAAUAAAGUCUCCUUUUCACUUCUACAAUGUCAACUUCUACAACUUCUACCCUUUUUAGACCCCUUCAUGCCAGGUCAUACAUGAUCCCCUCUGAAGCUGUGAUUGUCCAUCACACUGAGACAAUAUCCUGAGGGGGAUUUCAUGCUUUCAUUUGAGUGAGAUUUGGUGCUGAUCAUUACAGGAAAUUGGAAAACAAGUUGUGCCUUCAGGAAGCAAUUAUAGAAGUACUGUAGCGUUAGAAACCUGCCAGGAUUUACCUGUCUCAGGAUUUGUUCUCAAGACUGAUUAUGACUGAGUUACGUUACAGUGUCCAGAGUGAAGAGCUUCAUCCUGACAUUUUACACCUGAACCUAUAAACCAAUAAGCAUUUUCCAAUUUAGUGCAGACAUUCAGGGCCUUUCUCACCCAAAGUCCGCUUAGGAGAUCUGGAUCAGGGACCAAAUGUUUACAUCGUUACAUUUGGUCUGGUUAGCGUUCACAUGGGACCAACCAAAUGAUUAAAAAAAGAGGGAAAUUACGAGGGAAAAUCCCUGUCUGUCACCUGCUCAUUUGGGGCACAAUCUUCAUUGUCCCACAACGCACAGAGAGUAACCGACCAGAGAGAGCAAUGGGCGUCUUGCUUUAUGAAAUUCACCAGAGGUGGCGGCGAGGUUGGGUGAGGAGACGCUGGGCAUUAAUGCAAAGGAAUGCCUUUAACACAUUGUCAGCGUGUUUGUUGAACAGAAGAACACCCAGGUAUUUAAUAUUUAAUACCUGACUAUUGUAUUAGAAUACAAACCCUCUGCCAUUUGUCCAGUUUUACGGUGUUUUGACUGGCUGUUCUCCGUCUGAUGCAGCCUCCAGUCAGCCAUAAUUUCCCAGCUUUAUUACACUGUAAAUAUGUUACUGGUUUAUACUGACAUAUAAAAAGUCUGGCUGCAUCAGCACUGCGGACCGCGGACCGGACCAUGGUUCAUUUGGAAGGGGACAGAGUCCUGCAUUUUCAAGAGGACUGUGGUCUGUUUGUUUGAUUGGGACCACAGUUCGCUUGCGCAUUUAUACCACCCAGAUCAAAAGAGUAAGGGGGACCAUGGUCCUUUGAGAACGGACCAAACAGUCCUGAUAUGGAUGCACCCUAAGUAUUGGUCCUUGAGUAUAGUUUACACUUCAACCUAACUUGAAAAAAAAAAUUUGGCAAACCCUUUCAUGGUUUCAUCCUGGAUUCACAGAUUAUUGACUCCCUCACUCUGGACCUCUUUGUACUGAAUAGCUUAAACUUUGCUUGUUACAUUCCCAGCGUUGAUUUUGGCGUCCAUGCUGCAGGACCUUCAAACUUCUGAGGUCUUUCAAAAGCCUUGUGCGCUGAGUUUGUUCUUUCUUCCUUCUCCACAGUCAGCUGCGAUGUGGUCGAGGUCCACGCCCCGAGCGCCAAGUCAGCUACCUGCACAGCACCUCCCACAUCCGCCUCACCUCCAUUAAGAAGAACACACCCACCACCGCCAUCACUACUGCAGCAGCCAACGGCAACUCCAACAGACAGGAAGUUGCUCUGUGAAGUGGGAUGCCGUUAGUCUCUGAUUUUUAGUCCUGCAAACACAGGACUCUCUGCAGAGGUACUGAGAUGAAGAUAAAAAAGUGGGUUUAUGAGUUAGGAGAACUCUGAACGAUUAAACCAGUUGUGUUUGUCAAAUGGACUAAAGAGACUCAAUCAUUUACAUCUUUAACUUCGCAAAAAAAAAAAAAAAACAAGAAGUGCCUCUUGGAAGUACAAUGAGGGAACUGCAGGAAAAAAAACACGCUGAAGGAAUUUCACAUUUCUCUCAGGCAGCUUCUCUCCAGACAAACCUAAAUGAUCUUUCGACAGUUUGCUUUCUAACUCAAAAAAAGUUUACAUCCAGCGCAGUUUCACAUUUAACCAGUUUAUGGCUGAGAGAACGGACAGCCUUUUCCAGCAUGGGUACCACACGAGCAUGUCUGCUAUGAAAGCUUGUUUCUAUGUGCUAAACCGCCGGCGUGCUCGUCUUUGAUUGAUGGUCUUUUGUCUGCGGCCUCCUGAUAAGAAGAAUCAGAACGAGCAACAUCCCCAGAGACGAGCCAGUUAUCGUGUUAUUCAAGCACAGGUCUGGACUACGCUUAGGAGAGAAGAUGAUAGGAGCAGCAGGGUGGACUUCAUCUGAACUCCUGUGAUUUCUGAGAUCAGUGUUCUUUAUUUGUAGCUGUUGAAAAACUACCAGAAGCCUUGCAAACCAAAUAUAACGCUGUGUGGAGGUAAUCCUCUUGGUCAAUGUUUUAUCUUUGGUUUCUGUUACUCUGUGGACACCAGGUACAACCCUGUGAUCUUGUGGGAUCUUCAUCAAGACUCCACAAAGAAGUCACUUUAAAUUUCUAAUGUUGGACUAAACCAUGGUAGAAGGUGGACUUUAGACUCAGUCCUGAUUGUUGCGAGGCCAUCUAGGAGACGUUAUCACAGUUUCUUACCCUCAAUUUCCACCGCAUCCAGAACGGCUCUGCUACGGAACGGUGGUGAUUUUUGCUGUCCGACCAAUUCCUACUGGAUACAUUUAUCAGGCGAAUUUGGUGUGGAUUUUGGACAGUGGGAAUCGCAAGAACUCACAAGAACCCGCAGAUUCACAUGCAAUCGUACGAUAAUGAGAUGUCUCUAUAAAGACAGCCACAAAACCAUAUAGGCAGUAGAUUGUGUCCUUCCAGAGGAGGAAAUCCACUUCUAGACUCCUAGAAUCAGCAUCUCCUCAUCAGAUGAAAUGCUGUCUGAAAAACUUUCACGGCUGCGAUCGGCGGAUACUACCUUUUCUUAGCCGUUCCAGAUGCGGUGGAAAUUGGGGGUUAGUCUCGUCUUUGGGACCUGUAUUAUUUAACAAGUUAAAAAUUGGAGUUCUUCAGUGCCAACUCACAUAACUGAAUGUCCAUAAACAGCUGAAAAUAACUGCCAGUAAAGUCCUGUAACUCAACUAACCAGAAAUGUCUGUGAAAUGUGCCGAAGCUUUAUGAUGCAGUCAGAAUUAAUCUAAUCAGAGCGGAGUUAACGAGAGGUGAAAUCACCAACAGUUAUAUAUUUAUGCUGCAUUCAAAUGGGACUCAUAAAGCUGUGGAUUCUGUAAAUGUAAGGCUAGACUCAGGGCAGUUUCUGCUGGAUUCACAGAGUAACAGAUCAGUUUCUUCGUUAAGUGUCUGUGCUUUGUGUUGUUGUUUUGGCAUGAACAGACAGGUGGCAACGUGUGAACAGGUCAGUGUUCUGUAUUUUCGAAAUAAAUGCAGAGGACGUGAUGAACUUUCUGUGACAUUUCUUUUCUAAGUGUUCGAUGUUCUUUGUGCCAGGCGUGUUUCAUGUCACAUGUUGGGAAAAGACACCUGAGUUUCAAAAACAUAAAUAAUAAAUGUUUCUACAUGAGUCAAACCCACA